AUGCAGAACCUAGCUCAGAAACCUGGGGCUACAAUUCACAAAAAGAGGUUAAAAUACCUCAAAACAGGUAAUAUACAUGAAAUGAACAAAGGAUUGAGAAACAGGUGAAAAAGUUGGGUUAAGUGGUACAUAGGCAAUUACUCAUUUUGGGGGAGGAAAAAUAUCUACCCAAAGAUGCAUGCACAUCCCCUGAGGUGACCUUUCAGUGCCUUCCUUCCUGUAGCAUAUGAAGUCUGCAUACACUAAGGAAGCAUUUUUCAUGAGUUGGUAAUAACAAGUAGGGAUUUCACACAUAGAAGAAAGCAUGGUGAAUCUGGCAAAGCAUUUUUAUUUUUUCAUCCACAGCUUCAGAGCAUGAGUGGUGCCAAAGCACAGUGCUGUAUGAACUAGGAGAUGAUUGUGGUAAUUUGGUAAAAUAUUGCAGAAUUAAAUAUCACUUGUAGGAAAAGAGGCUGAGCUCAGACAUACUUCUUCUCAACUUCUGGUGUUUUUUGGUCAGAAUUUUGCAAUUUGUGGUCAGUCCACCACAGGUCCCUGGUUAGUAGAUGGGUGUCACUGUGGUCAGGCUGUGACAUACCACAAUAGUGUGAGCACAGCACACAGACACAUGGUGGGUAUGGUUACAGGGACACAGGUUGCACUGAUUGGCCUGGGAGUAACAAGCCAUCCAUUGUCCCCAGUCAGUGCAGUUUCCUCCAGUCCAUGCAGGGGCUGCACUCCUCACUCUGUAAGGAAUCCCUCCUCCCCCUCCCCCCUCCGGAGUGACGUCACGGAGCCUCCCGCGAGCUGGGAGCCGGGAUGUUGUGAGUGUGCGGCGGACAGGCGGACGGUGACUCACACUCAGUGCGGACAGCGAGCCGAGCAGCCUGCAAUGUGAGUGAUCGGUGCGGGUACCGGGAUAGCGGGAGCGGGGAUCACCGUGUGAGAGCGGCUGGGGAUUGGGAGGCCUGGGCGGUGCUGCACUGUGUGAGAGGGAUUACUGUGUGAUUAUCGGGGACCGGGGAGGGACAUGGUAUGGGACUGGGGGGCAUGGUGGGGACAUGGUAUGGGGUAUGGGACAUGGGAGGGGGCAAUGGGACCGGGGAGGGAGGACAUGGAUGGGCUACAUGGUAUGGCACUGGGGCAUGGUAUGGGACCUGGGGGUAUGGGACAUGGGGGGGGGCUACAUGGUAUGGCACUGGGGGCAUGGUAUGGGACCGGGGACUGGGGGCAUGGGAUGGGACGGGGACAUGGUGGGGACAUGGUAUGGGGGGGGAGGACAUGGUAUGGGACCGGGGAGGGGGGCAUGGGACAUGGAGGGGCUACAUGGUAUGGCACUGGGGGGCAUGGUAUGGGACCGGGGGUAUGGGACAUGGGGGGGGGCAUGGUAUGGGACCGGGGACUGGGGCAUGGCAUUGUGUAAGAGGGCAGGACACGGUAUGGAAAAGGGGGAGCAAUGUAUUGGGGGUGGGGUGGAGCGUUGUAAAGGGGGGGCAGCAUUUUAUGUGGGGGGGCUGCCUGGGAUAUUUGCUCCAUGUUCUAUAAAAAGCCCCCCAUGUGUGGGAGCUCAAUAAACAGCUGGUUACUAUGGGUGAGUGGGUGAACCCGCAACAUUUACUAAUAAUCUGUGUAAUAACACUAGUAUUGUCUGCAUAGCAAUAUAUUUAUUAAUAGUCUGUGUGUAUUAACAGUAUAUUUGCUAAUAUUCUUUGUAAUAACACUGGGACUGUCUGUAUAACAGUAUAUUUACCAAUAAUCUGUGUAAUAACACUGGGACUAUCAGUAUAACAGUAUAUUUACCAAUAAUCUGUGUAAUAACACUGGAUCUGUCUGUAUAACAGUAUAUUUACUAAUAUAUUCUGUGUGUAAGAUACUAGGACUCUCCAUGGAGCAGUAUAUUUACUAAUAAUCUGCGUAAUAACACAAGGAUUCUCCAUGAAGCAGGAUAUUUACUCAUAACAUAUAUAUAAUAAUUCUGGGACUGUCAAUAUAGAAGUAUAUUCACUAGGAAUAUGUGUAUUAAUACUAGAACAGGACUGUCCAUGAGUCAGUAUCGUUAAUAAUAUUCUGCGUGUAAUAACCCUGGGACUAUACACAGAGCAUUAUAUUUAUUAAUAAUCUGCAUGACAUAGCAUUGGGAUGGUCCAUAUAACCGUAUAUUUACUAAUAAUCUGCGUGUCACAGCAAUGGGAUGGUCCAUAUAACCGUAUAUUUACUAAUAAUCUGCGUGUCAUAGCAUUGGGAUGGUCCAUAUAACCAUAUAUUUAUUAAUAAAAUGCAUGUCAUAGCAUUGGAAUGGUCUAUAUAACCGUAUAUUUAUUAAUAAUCUGCAUGUCAUAGCAUUGGGAUGGUCCAUAUAACUGUAUAUAUUUACUAAUAAUCUGCAUGUCAUAGCAUUGGGAUGGUCCAUAUAACCGUAUAUUUACUAAUAAUCUGCAUGUCAUAGCAUUGGGAUGGUCCAUAUAACCGUAUAUUUACUAAUAAUCUGCAUGUCAUAGCAUUGGGAUGGUCCAUAUAACCAUAUAUUUAUUAAUAAUCUGCAUGUCAUAGCAUAAUGGUCUAUAUAACCGUAUAUUUACUAAUAAUCUGCAUGUCAUAGCAUUGGGAUGGUCCUUAUAACCGUAUAUUUACUAAUAAUCUGUGUGUAACAACACUAUGUGUGACAACAUUGGGCCUGUCCAAGGAGCUGCAUGUUUACUAAUCUCUGGAUAAUAACUCUGUCUGUACAAGGGACAGUAUAUUAAGUAAUCUGUCAUUACUAUCUAUAAUGUGAGAAGUAUCUAAUGAUCAAUGUAAUAACACUCCAUCUACAAUAUGGACAGUAUGUAUUGAUAAGGGUAGGACUAUGCUAUAAUCAAUAUUUAUUGGGAAUAUACCGCGAGCAGUAUUUAAUAAUAUGUAUAAAAAUGUAGGGACAAUUUAUAGUUGGCAUUAUGUACUCAUGUAAGUAAUAACAUUGAGAGUGUAUAAGGAUCUGUAUUCAGUGAUCAAUGUGAUACUAUACAAUGAUUUGAUUUUAGUGCUAUCUACAAUAACGCUUGGACAAUGCAAGGGUACAGUACAUGUAGUUUAUCUAUGCAAUAAAACUAGUACUUCAGCUGGGACUGUACAGGGAGGAAUAUUUAGCUUGUAUAUACGUAUAUAUAACCCCCAGGAAAUCAGUACGUGGGAAAUAAAACCGUUUAUUCACUAGAGGGAGUUUUGCCAGAAUCCAAAAUCAAUUAAAGGUGAAUUUCAAAUAUAUGGAAAAAAUAGCUAAAUUUGAAAAUUUCUCUAUCAGCUAUGUUUCCAGUUGGGCUACUUUGGACUUAAAUUUGAAAUUCACUUUGCAUUCCUGACUAUUCUCACUUUAGUGAAUAAUCCUGAUUUUAUACUUCUAUACCCUGUAUUACAUAUUACUUAAAGGCAGCAUUUAUGCGAAGUCCAGCAAUAUUUAAUCAUACUUAGAAAAAAUAACUUUAUACUUCUAUUUUGUUAGUAUUAAAGUGUAUUUACUUUUUCUGCAAGAGCUUCAAAAAUUUUUAUAGUAUGGUAAAUGUUCAUUUCUUUGUGUUUAUUUUCAGUUUAAUUAUGCUAAAUUUUUUUAUUUUUUUUUUUUAUAGAUCUAGAAAAUGUUAAAACCAAUUUUUGUAAUGGUAAUUGGGGAAAAAAUGCUAUUUUACCAACCCAAGGAAUAAUACACUACAGUUAAUUUGAUUAUGUUUAAAUGCAGCAUAUCCCUGCACUGCAGAAUGUGCUCUGCUCAUGCCCUAGGGCACACAUUUCAAUUUAGUAACACAUGGUUAAGGUUUUGUGAACUUUUAAGCCACAAAUGACCUUGAUUAAGACACCCUUAUGGAGUGCAAGUAUGAUCACAAUAGUUCUCCGGAAUUGAGCAUAUUCUCAAAUCAUUUAUGUAUUCUAGAAUUGUGUGUGUGUGUGUGUGUGUGUGUGUGUAUGUGUGUGUGUGUGUAUAUAUAUAUAUAUAUAUAUAUAUAUAUAUAUAUAUGUGUAUAUAUGUGUGUGUAUAUAUAUAUAUAUAUUAUAUCCUGAUUGUAAUUCCUUUCUUGCAUUUAAUAGCAAAGCAAAAUAUAAGUGCCAGUUUUCUAACUACUGUUGGUAUUUCAGAUUAUUUAUUUGUAUGUUGGCAUAAUGUUAAUUUGGAUGGACUAGAAAAUUCUCAUUCACUAUCAUAUACUAAAAUUGAUGCGAUCUUUAAUAAGCAUAGUUUUAUUAUACAUAUGUUACAAGUGGCUUUAAAUUUGCCUUCAGCAUUUUCAUUUUUGCCCUUUAACACUCAUUAACUCUUUUGUUCUCAUCUUUGUCUGUAUUUAUAUGUGAAAUCAUAAACAAGAGUUGUUUGCUAAAGGGUUUAAUUACUAAAAAGUGAAAUUACAUUUAUUUGCAAAAUGGAGGAUCCGGGGAAAGCUGAGCUGGAGGUCAUUUUCCCAAUUCCACUAUUUUGGUUGUUGCCUUGUAACUUCGCUGUGAAGUAAACUUGUCUAAUGCGGAGACCCCACAACCAAGGUCUGGCAUUGAGCUUUCAUUAGUUCCGUUUAUUUAAUUGUGGUUAAUUUAGAGUUUCCCUAAGCAAAUCUGGGAAGAUAUUGCAGCGUCUCAGACAGUUUAUCAGACUUUAUCAUUAAACCAAAAUAUUUAUUUUAAUAUUAACAAUUUAAAUUUUACUUGCUAAACAUUUGUUCAUCUCUAGUUACUAGUCAAGUGUCUUUCAGCAACAUUUUCUUCAUAUUCUAACAUGUUUGACACCUUUGUGCACAAAUCUUUGUAUAAGCGGAUUUAGUGCCUUUUUUUUUUUUAACAUAGUCUGGAUAAAUCGCUAAAGUGCGAAUUGUCUCCUAGUGAAUGUCAAAUUUCAGGCCACACAGCUAUACUGGAAACAUAGCUGAUUUAUAGAUUUUUGUUAAAUUCUGUUAUUUUGGCCUUUGCUAUUGGUCUGCUUUAAAAACACUAAUGUAUUAAUCCUGAUUUACAAAUGAUCAGUUUCAAAUCAUUGUUUUAAAGUGAAAAUGAAGCAAAAACUAAGGUUAUCGUAAAGGGACACUAUAGUCUCCAAAACUACAAAGCAAUGUAGUUGUUCUGGUGCCUGUAGCCUGUCCCUGCAGGCUUUUUGCUGUCAACACGAAAAAAGGCAGCGUUUACUUUGCAGCUUAGGAACACCUCUAGUGGCUGUCUGUGGAGUGGCCACUAGAUGUGCUUCCUGGGUCAAUGCUGCACUGGCGUUCAGCAUCUCUAUAAGGACAUGCAAAUUGGCCAGGGUGGUGUUUGACUCUGCCCCUUUGCCUCCUUGGUUAAGAUCAUCAGAAUUGACGGUUUUAGCCAAUCCUAAGGGAAAGCAUUGUGAUUGGCUGAGAUAAUUCGGUUUUCAACCAAGGAGGUAGAUUGAGGGCGGGGCCAGCGGACUGAGGGUCAUUGGUAGUAAGAUGAGUUUUCUAAAUAUUUAAGGAGGACAGGGGGGGUUGCAUGUUUUUAACACUAUAGGGCCAUGAAUACACCUUUGUGUUCCUGACCCUAUAGUGUUCCUUUAAAUACAUUUUUAAUAUAUAUAGCCAGCCCUGCUUACUCUUACUACUCCUAUUUGAAAAAUCUCAAGGUUUCCAUUGGCACUUAGAAGUAUGUAAAUUGGUUAUUUUUAGGUCUAUGUAUGAAAAUACACUUAUGAUAUGUAGCCAUUGAAACGAGUAAUCACUGUUUUACAAAUUGUCUCUGCAAUACUUUAAAAUGUUUAACUAUGACUUGUUUCUGCAUACCUCUUGAUGGUAUGAGGUUAGCAGAAUUAUAUAGUGCAGGAGGUAGAUUUUUUUUGUUGGUUUCUUGUCAAAUCUCUCUUUAUUUUGAUGUAACAUUCUACUCAUUAUCAAAAAUAGUUUAUUUUCUACAACAGGCUGCUGUUCUUGUCCAGCUGAUUUUUGUUUUCUUCCCUUGUAAUACUGUUUUUAAAAGUGAAAUUUUUAUUUUCUUUAGAGCAUCAGAUGGCUCUCAUUUUUUUUCUUUAUUUAAGCCGUGCAUUUAAUAAAUUUUUCUUAUAAAGUCAGAGUCUUGAUGAAUAUUCUGCUGCCCCGUUCCCUAACCUGUUCAAAAUACCAGUAGAGUGCCAAAAUAAACAUGCUUGCCUUUGCACAGGCAAAAAAGUAAACGUGCAGGCAUUUUACAGCUUGAUCUAAGCUCAUUCGUUUUGAUAAAUAUGCUGUGGAAAAUGCUGCAGAACACAAUGUGUUGUGUGUAUUUUUUUAUUUUUAUUUAGAUUUUGUGGUUUACUUUCUCUUUUCGAGAGGGCCAGUGUCAGUUAAGCCCUGAUAAAUGUAUACCUUCACAACUAUCUUUAUUCAGAUCCCAAGCUUUGUGGGUACACAGAGAAUUCCUGAAUAAGGUCACAGACUCCAAAUAGUUAAGAGUUGGGUGGAAAAUCACCCUGAGAGUGCAUGCAUAUAUUGCUCACCCCUGCACAACUUCACUUUCCAAGGAGGAGGCUAUUCUGAGGAAAUUGCUUAACUACAGCCUUGCUCCUUAACUUUGAUCUUUCUAGUCUGAGUGAGUCUGCUAUUUUGCCAUUGAUACUGUUUUGUGGGGUUCUGAUUGGGAAGCCUGUUGUGCAAAAACAGAUUAAUUAGAAUGAAAAAAUACAUUAUUCGUUCUGUAUUAAUAUAUAAUUGAUAUAAAGCUGGAUUGUCCUCCUGAGAGCCUUGUGGUUUUGUCCAAUAACUCCAAUUGUACUCAGUGAGGUGAGGCAAGUCAGGUUAUGGUAACUGUAGUGCACAUGUACGGUUUCUUCCCAUCAUUCUGAUGCCGGGUCACUGGUUUCUGUACUUUAGGACAAAGACCAGAGAACUGAGUAGCUGCUAAAUGGGCAAGCUAAUCACCAUAACUACUACAGCAUGUUUUUGAGCUGUUUGACACAAACCAAAGGUCAGCUAUGGUAAAUCACAUUACUUGGCUUAUUACUAUUGUGGAAAUGUCACUUCUGUGUUAGUUAUAUCAAUUCUGUCUGUGUUUGGAUGGCAUUCAGUGCAAGGAUUACAUCUAUGUCUUCAACAUAUAAAUUAGAAAAUGACAAAAACAACCAUAGUAAACUAGAUUAACAAAUCCGCCAGUACAAUAUUUAGUAUGAAUUUUGAAUCUAAGGUAUGCAAAGAAUACAUUUGAUGGUACACACAAAUUAUGGCAUUUUGGUAGUUUUUAAAAGCCACUAAAACAUUUGACCCCUUAAUCAACUAUGCCAAGGGUUCAGUGACAGAAGAGAGCAGGAAAACCUUCCCACAGGAUCAGCAUUACUACGUAGUAUCUGUGUGCUUGGAUUAGUGCCCACAGGUAUGGCUAAUUGCAUCAGAAAGGGACAGGAGAAAGGGGGAGCCUGUGGGUGGUGGUAAAAUGGACCUUCAAAUAUAACUGCUCAUAAGUCAAUUAAAUAUAUAAUUUGUCACUAUAAAAAAAUGAUCUGUUCUGCUUAGGGACUGGGAGGGAUGGAUUUGAAGAAGCUGUUCAGUUUUUUUCCCCACAUGUUCCAAGCUCCAUUCAUAAUUUAUAAAUUGCUUGCCAGUCACUGUAUAAUACCCCGUCUGUACUUUGCUUGGUGCCUGUGUUUCCUGUUGCAUAACUUUUUAUAUGAAAUGCGUUGAUCCUUGGCUGUUUUAUAUGAAGGACAUUUAGUGUCAGUGCUUAAUUAAAUGCUUAUGCAAGUUUUUUUUAUUUAAGUAGUGGAUUCCAGAAUUUUGUAGCUACUUUUCCAUGGUAUUGUGAUGCACAGCUUUAAGACCUUAUAUUGCAGUCCUCAAUUAGAGAGAAUGAAGAUUCAACAUUGAUCAGUGUUGUAUUUGCUACCUCACAUGUAAUGCACAAACCAAUUAAAUGGAAGAUAAAUGCUAUGAACAGCAACAAUUCAGCUUUUUAAAGGCCUAUAUCAAACCGAAUAUGCAGGAUUAUUUACCAAACAUUUCACAUGUGAAAUAACCGCUAGACAUUGUAGUAAUUUCACACGUGAAUCAUUUUUCUUGUUCUUUUUGUGUUUGCGACUUUGAAACACAUGUAAACAAUGUUUUUCAUUUAUGCAUCUUCUUCUACGAUCUGCUUUUUAAUUUAUUUAUUUUUUGGUCUCGUGCCCCUGGUAACGUUCUGCGCAUCCUCCCCAUAUACUAUGUGUUGACAUAGUGCUACAUUUCUUGUGAUUAUUGCUGUAAUUUUUUGGUGAUCUUAACUGCUUGUUAGACUUGAUAAAAAACCCUUUAUAGGGCUGAAAAGCUGCUAUUUAUUUAAAUAAACCUGCACUUGGACCACAUGUAUGCUUGUUCCCUUUUUUUUUUUUUUUUUUUUCCCGCUUGUCUCGAGGUCCAUUGUUAACACAAAAAUAUACUUACCAACGGCUACUGUGCAAUUGAUACGUAAAUUCCACUUCCCUCAUUAGGUCCUCAAAUUUACAGCUCUAGGUCCAUGAGGCCCUAAAUCCAUUUAGUAUAUUUACGCAUCUCCUAUGGGAAAAAUUGACUUCCUAUUGUACAUAAAACCUUCCUACAGAUUGGAUUUUCAUCAGAGGGAACUGCGCCCACCCUUUCCUCUUAUGGUAGUAAGCUGGAUUUUUACACCCUGUACAGAGGAAAUCUAUGAAAGCUUUGUUUGACAAUUCAUUUUUUUUAUGAUGACUUUAAGUCAAAAUGUACCACAUUUACAUUAACGCUCUAAAUAAACAACAAAAAAAAGCACGUGUAUGGCUCCAUAGAUCCUUUAAAUAUAUAUAAUGCUUUAAUAAAUAACAUGUUUCCCUUGUCGGAUACAGAUCAAAAUACUUACUAAACCAGAUGCAUACCAUCUAUUACACACCGUGAGGUUAAUCUGCUUUAAAGGGAUCCUUCUGGCACCCCACAUCUGUUUUCCCUGUUAUUUAUUCAUAUCUGCCCUCCCAUCAGGGCUACCAUCUUUUAUUAAGGCCACUUACAUAGCUCAAGGCUUUGGCCCACAAGUCCACCUACAGGGCCCAUUCCCGAUUCCACCCAUAAGUAUAGCAAAUGCAGUGUGUGUGUGUGUGUGUGUUAGUGGUGUUGGACAGGGGCUGUGUGGGUAAGCAGUUAUUUGUUUUUUAUUUAUAAUAAAGUACAUUUAUACCCCUCGCCCUGCCUCUUAUCUGUGGCCAGUACAGUGGGACACUAGAUUCCCUGUUAAUCCUGUGGCACAUCAGGUUGUAGACUAAAAGGGAUGCUCAGGAGUCUCUGUCUUCUUCGUCCUUCAGCCAUGCAUCAGGUCCUCUUCUUAUUUUCUGCAUUGCAUGCCGCACGGAGCAAUGUUCUCAUUGCUUGCAAGAGGACAAUGACGGUGAUUGAACUUCUGCUGGGCCCCUUCUUUUUUUUAUUUUUUUUUUAGAGACGCAAGCAGGGUCUGCUAAUGAGAUCUAUCGGUCUCUUAGUUGACCUCAAUAACCAUAAUGUUAGUUCUAAAAUACUGAUCAUGUUUUAUUAGAUUUUUAUAUAUAUAUUUAUUACACAUACUAUGUGUAUAUGCAUAAUAUGUAUCAGGUCCCGUACGUAUAAGGUGGCCCUGCCUCCCAUACUCUCAUUCUUCCCCUUCCUGCUGCAAUAAUAGAUAGUGUAUAGAGCCUUUAUCAUAUAAAUCUUUGCCUUUCGUAGUUUUCCAAGAACACUUAAAGGAUCACUAUAGUGCCCGGAAAACAAACUCGUUUUUCUGGCACUAUAGUGCCCUCACCCUCUGGGUCCCCAUCCCCCUCGGCUGAAGGGGGAGGGAGGGGUUAAAAUCUUACCUUUCUCCAGCGCCGGGCUCCCUCGGCGCUGGGGACUCUCCUCCUCCUUUGGUCGUCAUCGGCUGAAUGCGCAUUGCGCAGCAAGAGCCGCGCGUGCCGUCAGUCCAAAGGUAAGCAUUCUCAAUGCUUUCCUAUGGACGCUGGCGUCUUCUCACUGUGAAAAUCAAUGAGAAGCAUGGAAGCGCCUCUAGUGGCUGUCAAUGAGACAGCCACUAGAGGCUGGAUUAACCCAUAUGUAAACAUAGUUUAUCUGAAACUGCUAUGUUUACAGCAGGCAGGGUUAAUCCUAGAUGGACCUGGCACCCAGACCACUUCAUUAAGCCUUUAAAUGGCCACAACUUGCUUUCUUGGAAUUAAAUCACCUUUACGUUAAUGGAAGAAUCACCAGUACAUUAAGAACUGUUACCUCCAGACUGGGGUGCCCCCUAACUGCUUUUAAAGACUUUUCUUCUUAGUUUGUACAGCAAAACAUUGUCAGUGUUUUAUGACUUCUGGUUACUGAGGUCAAUUAAGAAACCAUGAUGAAAAAUACAAAACCACAUAAUACCACUUUUAAACACGUUUUAGUAUCCCUAAUUUUUUUUUUUUUUAAACAUCUCUUUUAUAAAAUCUAUUCCUAUACUGACAUAUCUAUUUGUCUAGAAUUUUUUUUUUUUUAUUCUAUAGUAAUUGAAAGGAAAUGGCAGAAGUAAAUUAUUUUAAUAUAAGAUCAUGUCUUGUCCCUUUUUAUGUUAUUCAAAUAAUAAAAAAAAAAGGCCUGGACUUUUCUAGUAACCGCUCAAUAUACUGUACAAUAUACUUCUUCAUUGUACAGAAACUGUUAAAAAGCCAUGUUAGCUAGUACAUGGCGAGGGGUGCCAAUUAUUUUGGUGCCUAGUGCCUCUAAUGAAUAUACUUUAGUUUCUCCCACAAAAUACUGGUACAUUAAUGCAUAUAUUCAUCAGUGAGAUUUCCUCCGGUUGAUUAAUUCAUUUAAGUGGUGAUUACAAAGCAAGCAGGAGCUGGUAUGAUAAACACCCCAUUAAUAUACUCAUAACAGAAACAUUGUUCAAAACGCCGUAUCCCAGAGCUACAAAGCUAUUCAUGAUAUGCUUCAUUGAUCCAUAGGAAGAAAAAAAAAAAGAGGCUUGCUAUCCAUUCUUAUGAGCCUCCCCAAAGGCCAUCUUUAUACAUACUCUUUUUUGCAUGUUUCAUUAUUAUCUUGACAAAUAAUUGAGAACUGUGCCAGCAGUAGGCUUACUUGGCUGUUUCCUUAAACUCCUAGUCAGGGGUGAGCACAAUUUCUACAUAGUUUUUAUGUUAUUGUUGUGUGUGCUGUUGCCAUUUUGUGUAUUAAAGGGACAUCCUUAGCUCUAUAACCUCUACCGACCUAUUAGUUAUGAUGCAUGGGGCAUUUGGAUAGCACCUCCAACAAAUUUUGUUUUCAUGUCCAGCCAUUUUUAAGUGCAUUUUCCCAGCACCCAAAUAGCCCUAUCUGCUGCUGAUGAGAUAUCUAAAAUGUAUUAAAAAGUAGGGUUAUUUCUAACCUGGAAUUUCUCGUUAAUGGUAAUGUGUAUGUUUGGUGAUUUGGCAAGCACAUUGUUUGAGCAAUAUGAUGUGUGGACAUAAAGUCCACUUUAAAUGUGAUCCUGUGUGAAAUAGUUGUUGUAUGACUUGGUCUCAUGCCAAAUUAUUUCGGUGCUUGUUACAAAGAUAACAGAAUGUUACAGGGCAUUUGCUGCAAAACAAAAUAUUUCUGUGAGUGUUUCCAAUACUUUAUUUUAACUCUUGCUAAAACAUAACUAUCCUUUAUUACAUUUAAAAUAUUGUAUGUAAUGGCAAGGUAGAAUUUAUUUUAAAUUGUAGAAAUUAGCCAGAUAACAUCACUGGAAGGACCCUUGGCGGUAAUAGGAAUAGUAUUCCUUGGUGGUAAUAGGAAUAUUUCUGGCACAGGCAUAAAGGGAUACUAUAGUGCUAGGAAUACAAAUCCUAGCACUAUACUUCUCUCUGGCUUGUAUCUUAUACCAGACAUAUAUACCAAACAUCAGAUUUUGUGCAUCUGCCGUUUCAUCCUACACUACUAAAGUGCUUGUGUUGGAUCUCGCAUCCAGGCGCAUUCUUUAUCUAUACUCACUAAAAAAGAGGAGGGAUUGUACUCAUCCACACAGCACAAGGGUCAGCACAACCCAUAUAGAUGAUCUAUCACAAAGAAAAAAGCCCCAGGCACUCACUGUGUUCCAAGAAAAACAGCUUGACAAAGACCUUGGUAAAGGUCGAAACGUUGCUGUGCACAUGGUGGUUCAAUAAAUAGUUUUUCUUGGAACACAGGAAGUGCCUGAAGCUUUAUUUUUUUUUAUUUUUUUUUUAUUUUAUUUUUUUUAACUUUGGCUGUUCCGUUUUGAGUAGAGUCAGUAAAUAAAUAAAUAAAAGAAGAGUGGUGAUGAACCAAAUAAUGUAACCUAUGAUGAGUGGAACUCGAGAUGUGCAUGUUUUCAGCCAUUCCUUCAUUGCCUUGUGCAUUUCUUCAGCAAUUCCCCCACUGCCUUGUGCAUCUCUAGGGGAUGCACAGGCAUACAUGAGUUGGUAAGGUGUGCUGAAGAGACUCAUGAGAGGUCUGGGCUAGAGGGACACAAAAAAUGUAAAAUCUGUGGAAGGGGAUGACAACACCAUUUCGCCUCGAAUGCCAUAUUCUCUAGGUACACCUCUGGGUAAACAUACUAUUUCAAAAUCCUGACCAUUCCUCUUUAAGUAAGCGUAUGAAAGGCAUAUAUUACCCAGUUUGUUAUGCAUUGGUUAAUGGCCCUGUUUUUAUAAUAGUUAUUAGCCACUUGCUGUGGCCAAUGUUUUUGUGUGAAUUUCAUUUUAUUCUGUGGUCAUUUCCUUCCCCCUCCCUGCUUGAGUUAGGUCUCUUAUAUGGCACUGUUGCUUCACUAGAUAGUGGCAAAAGCAUAAAUUGGGUGUAUUGUUAUACUCAGAAAAUGUAGCUGAACACAAUAUAUAGUUUUUUACAGUAGUAGCUCACAUUAGAUUUACAAAAUACUUAAGUAAAAACCUUUUUAUAUGUGUGUGUUAGUAAUCCGCAAAAAGCAAUUUUACUACAGUAAAAAAAAUCCCCCCGGUCAUAUGGGAAAGGUGUGUGUUUUUUUUUUUUGGUUUUUUUUUUUGUUUCUUUAUUUUACUCUCUCCAUUUCCCACUCCGUGAAAGUCCUGCUGUGGCUGGCCCUAUCUCCAUGGCUGAUAUAAUCAACUUUGAUGAUCUACGUCAAGUCAAUGAUUUGCAAUGGCAAAGCAUUGAGAGGCACCAAUGAGCAUCUCCUAACAGAGAUUUAUUGAAUCAAUGCAUCUCUAUAAGGAACAUUUAGUGCAUCCAUGCAGGGUGUGGAGACGAUGAAGGUAGGUGCUGCACACUGCAGCACUAGAUUAAAAAGCACCUCUUGUGGCCAUGUGAGUGCCUCUGGAGGUGUUACUAGACAGCAAUGUAAACACUGCCUUAUGUCUGAAAAGGCAGGGUUCACAUUGAAAAGCCUGUUGGAACAGGCUUUGGACACCAGAACCACUACAUUAAGUUGUAGUGGUUCUGGUGACUAUAGUGACCUCCUUUUUUUUUUUUUAGCUGGCUCUUAGGUUCUAAGAUUCAAAUGUGUCAAGCCCUACAUUAAAGCCCUUUUUUGUCCCUUUUAAAGGCAAGUAUAUAAUGUGAUGAUGCAGUAAAUAAGAAAGAUGGAAAUUGCAGUUUAACAAACAGAGCAAAUAAUUGCUUUGGUCUUUAAGUGAAAAACAAACAAAUUAAGCUUGGUUCUUUAAGGGGUCAAAUAAUAAAGUCAUUCUAAUUUUCCUGUACUCAUUUCUGCACCAGUUGAGGGGGAAGCAAACUUACAAACAUGUUGCUUUUUUCUAACUUUGAUUUAAUAGGACGCAACCUAUACUUUGAAUGAGAUGUGGCUUUCCCCAUUAAAAAGUUUAACGCCACUUAUGUUGACCCCUUUUAUAGAUGCGUAAAUGUUUUUUUAUGAAUACAAACACUUUAAACUGGCUUCACUAGUGACUUAGAAUCAUUCUCGUUUUCCACAUUGUAAAUUUAACAAGGCUGAAUAAUAAUAAAUAGCAGCUCCUGAAUAUUGCUCUAAAUGAUUUUGAAUGUUUACAUAUUAUAUUCUAGGCACACUCUAGUCACCAACACACAUUAAACGGGCACUCUGACUUUAGAAAUACACCUCUGUUUCUAAUUUUAGAGAUGAGACUACUCCUAUUUAUAUUUAUCUCUUUAACUAUCCAUUAAAGAAUUACUCUCCUUCUGUCCCUCUCUAUGGCAGCUUUCCAUCUCUUGUAUGAGAUCACCAUAACUGAUGAUCUCAGCCAAUCAAAUGCUCCCCAUAGGUGUCCUUUUAAAGACUCGCUCUAAGCACCACAGUUACUACAGCAUAUUGUAAUUACUUCCUUUAAAUGCCGUAACGAAUACAGUCCCCGUUACUUACCCUUGCUUUUUUUGUAAUAAUUGCUCAUGAUAGAUGCUGCUUACGUACAUUUCAUACUGUGAAGAUGUGAUGAUACGUAUCACUACAGAGUGGCCCAUUGGUAUACUGUACUGGUUUGAGUUUGUUUGAUGCCAUUCUCAGGGUCUGCACUUAAGGUAUAACCAUCAGGGUUAAUAAUUCACCUGUUCCCAAUUUACAAGUGGAAAUGUGAUGCUCUGAUAACAAUUCUCUGUGAAAACUAUUAUCUUGAGGUGUUUUAGAGCACCCAUAUAAAACAUAUGGAAAAUGAAGUCUGUCUAGAACAAGCUGAGAUGCAUGCUAGGACUUAUCUUUGGGAGAUGUAAGUGACCAGAUGUUAACGGGGCAGUAGAGCUCACUGUUUUAUUUUUGCAAAUUAGCUUUUCAAACACUUUGCCUUCAUGUUAAUAAAUAUUAUGCUAGUAUGAUGUUUUAAGAGAAAUACCGGUGUUCGUCAACAAAGUGAGAAUUGUUGGAAUUCAAAGUGAUUAAAAUUGUAUUUCAAAUUUAAGGUCAAAGUAACCACACUAGAAGCAGCAUAGCUGGCUGGGAGAAUUUUUCCAGCUUAACUAUUUUUGCCUUUUUUUUGUUUGUGUAAAACCAAAUCAUUCCAUAGAAAAUUCAUAGGUAUACAUAAAACCAUCCUUUAUGACCAAAUGUUCUCUAGUAAUGGAGUUGUUUUUUCUACUUUCCAAAACAUGUUUGAGAUUGGUUUUUGUACCGUAUCUCACAAUGGUAAUAUAGUAAUUGUUCACAUUAAACACCGCAUAAUAUUCUGUUUGUUUGCCCAUUAAUUAGAAGUAACUAUAUAACUGUAAAUUGUCAGAUUCUGUUUUGGUAUUUUAGCUGUCAGAAAUGUAUUUAUUUUUAUUUUAAGUAAUUGAAAACAUCUGUUGGGAAGAGGGCAGCAGGAAACAAAACCUUUUUGGUAUUCCUAAAUAGGGUUUGUAAAGAGAGCUAACAAAAUAUUCUAUUAGGAUCUCAGAAAUGAAGAAUUUGGGGUCAGCGAACUAACCAUUUUCCUCCCUUCUCUUAUCACCACCAUACUGACUAUAAAUCAUUUUUAAUUAAUGACAAUGUCUCUUCUGUCCUUGGUUGCAUUUACUCCUUCCACUCAGGAAGUGGCAAUAUCCAGAACAGAUUGUCUGCUUAUUGUUCUGCUAGGAAUAUUUAUAAUCUAUUUUUUUUUUAAAAACAAAAACAUUUUUCUCACCAAGGAGCAUUUAGCACACAAUCUUGGACUUAAAGAGACAGUGAACACACCAUAACCACUAAAGAUUUAUUCAGUUAUGGUGCUAGGGAUUUGUCUUGCACUUGGUUUACUUUGUUUUGGGUGCCCAAGCUCCAUCACUUUCACACUGACUCCAUAGAGCAUGGAUUGUCAACCUGGUCCCUACCGCCCACCAGUGGGCGUUUUAGGAUUCCAGAGUGUUCAUUCAGAGAGAUGGUAAGCAGGAAGUGCGAGGUUGCAGAUGCGAGUGCAUGAAAGCGCAAGUGUGUGUCCCUGAACGCACAUGUGCGCCCAUAUCGCACGAACGCGUACGUUUGUGAAGGAGUGUAACAUGCGGGUAGAGGAAGGGGAGGAGUUGGAGUAGGUAGGGGGAUACACGAUAGCAGGUAGUGGAGUACUUGGAAAAUAGGAGAAAGAAGGAGCAGAGUACUUGUAGAAUAGGAGAAAGAAGGAGAGAAUUGUUGUGGGCAACCUAGCUCAGCUUUCCUGCUGGGCAUUGCUAUAAGGAAGGUAAACAAAUAGAAAAAAAGGAGGGGGGUGAAAUUGAGGAGGGAGAGGAGGGGAGCUGAUGCACGGAUGAAAAAAAAUCAUAUUGUGAGCAAACAGAGAAAUCAUCUGAAUAUCACCAAAAGAGGAGACCUUCAUUUGUUCCUUACGAAAAUCUAACCAGAUAUCAAAUAUUUAGUCUCGCAGCAUCAGCCUCAAGGAUCUCAUUAAUCACUAGUAAAGGUAAUUUCAAUUUACUUUGUUUUCUCAUUAAACUUUAUAAAGUUAAAAACAUUACAAACAUGCAUAAAGUAGAAAUAAAAAGAUAAAUGUACAUACAUUCUUUUAAUUUUUCUUUUUAACACACUCCUUUCUAAAAAAUAUUCUGCAUCUGCACGAAAACUGGUGGGCGGUAAGGACAUUUUUCCAUCAAGAAAGAUACAUUAGUGGGUGGUAGGUAGUAAAAGGUUGACUACCCCUGCCAUAGAAGGUAGGCUAGUAGGGGAAAAUAUGUAGCCACAUAACAGGUACAUUGGGGUGCUCCUUUUUAAAAAUAAAAAAUAAAAAAAUAUAUAUAUAUUUUCUUUAUUUUCCCCAUUGUGGAGAUGAAGAUUACCAGUUACAUUGUUGCAUGUGUGUAAAAAUAGUGUCGUCUGGUAUAGUGUUAGGAAUACAGCUUUGUAUUUCUAACACCAUAGAAUCCCUUUAAUUCCAAUUGGAGUCCGUAUGAUCAGAGCCUCAUCUAAAGGAAAGCAGAAGUUUAAAGACACAAUGUCUAAAUAUAACUGUCCCCUUUAUGACCUGUCACACCCCUUCUGUAAACCUAUACAUUGGUAAUAAAGCCUUAUUGGUGCCCCACAUUUUUUUUUUUUUUUUUGUAAUACAUUUCAAUAAAUUUGGCAUACACAUCUCACAGUAUGCGUAGUCAAGACUGCAGCAACAGCAGUGUAGUUGAUGAUAAAUAGUAUCCAGCUAUCAAGUGGUAUUAUGCAAACCUAGUAUGCAUAACAUGGUGUACCUUGCACUGACAUCCCAACCCCAUGACACCAAACCUAGGAAAAAUCAUCAUGUCAAGGCACAGAACAUAGUUACUGAAUGGGUAUGCAUGGCAAAACCACUGCACUUCCUUGUUACAGUGAACCUUCAAUGUGCAGUUUCUAUGGGCACCUACAAGUGUAAGUCAUUGAGGGAUGGCUCAAUAAAUAUCGAUGUAGGAGGAGACCUAAUCAAGAGGUCCCACUGAAUUUAAGUUGCCCAGUUUGGGAUAAAUUGCAAAAUGUACUCCAGCAGAUUUCAGAACAUGAACAUUCCCUACUGACUGUAGCAGGAAAAACAUGUAAGACCAAAAGCUUUAGAUCUGGAGGGGCAUUACACCAAAUGUUAUACGAAGUUGCCUGUGCACACUGACAACUUUAACAAUCGGGGAGAAGUUGGGGAAACGUUUGUGCAGUCAGGAGGGUGGAGGAUACCAGUGCAUCCGCGACUCGUACUGCAUCUGCAGAUGGUGGUACCUCAUUUUUUUAACUCUCAGAAAACUAUUUCAACAGUAAAGACAAACUCGUGGCAAAUGGGUUCAGAUCUGUAUUCAAAUAGCAUGUUCUAAACAUAACCAUUUUUGAGGGCCUUUGCAGUAAGGAUUAUUUUAGUUCUUUAAUGCCUUAUAUAUGUGUGCCUAUUCAAUUCUGAAUUGGAUUCAGGCUGCUCACAAACGUGUGUUUUGGUUUUCUUCUGUAUCAGUUAAAAUAUCAUCUAUUUUGUUCCAGGAUGCAUCAAUAUUUAUAUUACGUGUGCAGAGCUUAUUGAAAAUAUAUUAAAAUAAAUAACAAUAACAUAAAAUGAUUACGGCUUGCUAUUCUAAAAGCAAAAUGUUUUUCCCACGGGUAAAAGUGCUGCAUGAGCAUUAACUUUCCGUUUCAGACCAGAUAUGAUCAUGGGACAAUAGCCGUUUUAAAACCCAUGGAAUAAAACUUAUGAUCAUAAGAAUGUCUGUUUAUUAAAGGUGGAUAUAAAUGUGCAUGAUCUUGUCAAGUAAUGCAUUCUAAUCAAAUGACAACCAGGAAGUUGUGGACGAAUAGUGUUACAGUAACUAUACCAAUUUUGUUUUGCUUCCUUCUAUCGGCCCUGUCUCACUAUUUGGACGCAGUCAUUUUUGUUCUCCUCUGUUCGUAAAGGACCACUCUAGGCACCCAGACCACUUCAGCUUAAUGAAGUGGUCUGGGUGCCAGGUCCAGCUAGGGUUAACCCAUUUUUUUAUAAACAUAGCAGUUUCAGAGAAACUGCUAUGUUUAUGAAUGGGUUAAUCCAGCCCUCAAAUUCUCUAGUGGCUGUCUCGUUGACAGCCGCUAGAGGCGCUUGCGUGAUUCUCACUGUGAAAAUCACAGUGAGAACACGCAAGCGUCCAUAGGAAAGCAUUGUAAACACCCUCAGGGCACUAUAGUGCCACGAAAACUAGUAUGUUUUCCUGGCACUAUAGUGGUCCUUUAAUGUCUGCAGUUUGCCAUUCUUUGGAAUUGAUUUUACUGAUGGAUUGUGGGUAAACCUGAUUGGCAACUGAAACAAAAACUUGUUUUUAAGCUCCAAGUUUUAUCAACUUGAUCGCUAAUCAUAAGUAAAAGUAGUUCUUAUUUUUCAUUCAUCUAUCUCAAAAUAAGUAAAAAUGAGAGGGAAAUAAUGAUAAAAAUAAAUUCAGACACUUGGAGCUAUAUAGAAGCAGAUUGCAUGAAGUUUAUUUUUGGUGAUAGAGCUACUUUAUUGAAUUGCACAAAAGCCUUUUAUUUUGCUGCAAAGCUGCUGGCUCUCUAUGGUUCAGUGAUUAUCAAUACACAUGUGUGGAUUUGCAUACAAAUGAUUUCUGUUGCCAAACUGCACAGUUUCCCUGUUGAUCCUUUAUAUUGUGUUGAUUUAGGCUUUUGUUCUUUUCAUAUGUAUGUGUUCAUAAAAUGUAUGGCAGUGUCAUGCUUGCCCAAUAUUUUCCAGGUCUGAAACCUUUAUAGUUUUUUUUUUAUUUUUUUUUAAUGUUUGUCCAUAGACUGAGAUAAUCACUGUUAAAUUCCAAUAGUCAUUAAAAUAGAAGUAUUCUCUAACAAAUAAUUUGAAUGUUCAUAUUGUUGGGGUUUUUUUUUAUAUCUGAAUGUUGCUGGUAUAGUGGUUAAAGAUAUGAUGGUUGUGGUAUCCCACAAUGCUUUAUUUUCACACUAAGAAGGAAUGUAUCUCUUUCUUCCUUUCUAGAUAAAAUAAAUCCAUUAUGUAAUUUUAAUACAUACAUUUGUUUACAGUUUAUAGCUAGCAUUUUUUAGUCAUCCAUGUUUUGUGAAUACCAGGUCCGCCUUUUUAAUAAAGCUAUGUUAUUCCUUAGUGAGUAACUACUUUUAUUUUUACCCAAUCGUUGUGUUCCUUUUUGUGCUUCCUCUUAGUCCAGCUGGCAAUUCUGUAAGGCUCUAAAGAUUGAAGGCCUCGUAACCACGUAAGGGCCAGAGGUUAAGCCAACUCAGUUAUCUCAUUACAUGCCUGGCAUUUCAUUGGUCCUAAACUAACUGAAAUCCUAUUUUAGUGGUAUGACAGUCAAGAUAGUUAACUGUAUAAUAUGGUUCUGAGCUGUAAGAAAUGUAUAACACAAUGCAAAACUCUUAAGAUACUGCUGGCCUUAAAGGAGCGCUAUAGGAAUACAAACAUGUAUUCCUAAUGCUAUAUUGUCCUGCCUUUUCCACGAUGGUGUUGGGGAGGAGAGGUAAACAGCACCGAGACACCCUAUGCACUGGAAAAAGGUGAUUCAAAUCCUUUAUUUGUAUUGCGCAUGUGGGGGUGCACUAGAGAAUUCAUAAUACAGAUUUAUAUUUGUAAAGCUUUGGUGUUCCUUUAACACAACCUACUUAACUCGUCUACAACCUUGGUUCCUAGACCCUAUGCAUUGAAAUAAACCUAGGAAUUCAGCUUCCAAAAAUAAAUAAAUAAAUAAAGUGAGCUCCGCCUUUGUUUACAUCCGAUUUAGAUUGCAUCUAUAAGGAAAACACAAUCUUAUGGUAAAUAUUUUAUUUUAAAUGAAACUUAAAAAGCAAAACAAAACCCCCAAAACUGUGCACUGUAAAUGUUAUUAGAAAUAUGCAUUCCUAACCCUGUAGUGUUUAACUAUUUAGGUGAGUGCUAAUUCACCACAAUGCUCUUUUUGUGGGGUUAUUCCCUAAAGUAUCAGGAAUUUUAACUGAAUCUGUCAAAUGUCAGGCCAAAGUAGCCAAAUUGUAAGUAUUCUCCAAAUCGGCAUUUCUUCCAGUUUGUCUACUUUGGCCUGACAUUUUAAAGUCACUUUAAAUUGACUUUAUUACCAAUGACAAGCAUGCCUGCUCCAAAGUGGGUAUCACAAUUCGGUGUCCUUUACCAUUCACACUUGCAGAUUCACAGAGUAACACACACUAACCGAUCACAUGGAAAAGGUGAGUUCAUUUACCUGUUUUCUGCCAUGGUCUCACCGCAACUGGCUGAUAUUAUCAAUCUCAAUAAUCUCAGGCAAUCAAAUGCAAGUUCUGUUUAAUUAAACUGUAUGUGAUUAAAGUUCAAUUUAGAGAUUGAGAUACAAUUAUUUAAGGUAAAUUACAUCUGUUUGAAAGUGAAACCAUUUUUUUUUUUUCAUGUAGUCUCUGUCAAUCAUAGCCAGGGGAGGUGUGGCUAGGGCUACAUAACCAGAAAUAAAGUGAUUUAACUCCUAAAUGACAGUGAAUUGAGCAGUGAAAUUGCAUGGGAAUGAUCUAUACACUAAAACUGCUUAAUUUAGCUAAAGUAGUUUAGAUGACCAUAGUGUUCCUUUAAUCACAUACAGGAGGCUUUUGCAGGGUCUAGCAAGCUAUUAACAUCGCAGGGGAUAAGAAAAUCUUAAUUAAACAGAACUUGCAAUAAAGAAAGCCUAAAUAGGGCUCUCUUUACAGGAAGUGUUUAUGGAAGGCUGUGCAAGUCACAUGCAGGGAGGUGUGACUAGGGUUCAUAAACAAAGGGAUUUAACUCCUAAAUGGCAGAGGAUUGAGCAGUGAGGCUGCAGGGGCAUGUUCUAUACACCAAAACUGCUUCAUUAAGCUAAAGUUGUUCAGGUGACUAUAGUGUCCCUUUAACCCCUUAAGGACCAAACUUCUGGAAUAAAAGGGAAUCAUGACAUGUCACACAUGUCAUGUGUCCUUAAGGGGUUAAGCAAAAUAAUGAAUAAGGAUGCAGGGAGAGCUUUAAAGGCUGGUACGAGGGAGGGAAGGAGAGAUGGGACAAAUUAUAAUUGAGGCAAUAUUUCGUUAUACGCUUCUACUUGCAGAUUUGCAGGAAAUGUAUAAGCUGUGUGCGCUGACGACCGAUAUAUUAUUUGCACAUAACUAAAAUUUAGGCAGCAUGUACAUAUUCUUUCCUCCAUGACCACUUCUAAAAGCAGAAAAGGUCAUGGACAUUGGAGUAACCCUUUAAAAUAUACUUUCCAGGGCACUUGACAGUAACUGCUAAUCUCACAUGGGAUAUAGGAAAGGAAGCUAUUCAUCCAAUGAACAGAAAAAAAAAAUAUUUUUUUUUUGUUUGUUUCAUAUUCUCUCCAUUUUCUUAGUUUAUCAAUUUAUUUUGCAGGUACGGGGUGCUGUUAUUCACCUAUCGAUUGAGAAAGGGUCAAUUUAAUCCCCUGGCAAUUACCAAACCGAUUUUACAUAAACUGCAUUACACCUGCCGACAGACUGAAAUCAGAAAAAUCUUUUCUGUGCACAUCUCAAUUGUGAGUUGUAGUAAUUUACUUUUAUAGUUUAAUUGGCAUUUUUAAUAUUUACUUGCCCGUUUUGGAUUAUUUGAAUUGCAAAAUAUACAUAUUUUUUAAAUAUUUGUCUGAAAAAAAAUAAAAUUCUAAGUAUGAACCACUUAGGUCAUUAUUUCAUUUUAAUUCUGAUAUCUGGUAUUUUAUAGAUCUGGAUUACAUUUGGUCACCCACCUAGGAAAUAUAUCCUUCAACUUGUAACACUUGAAGUAUUCUGUCUUGAUCAUAUACAUAUUUAUUUUUUACUGCACUACAAAUCCAGACGUGUUCUUUUAUAUGUUGAUGCUACGGUGUUCAGUUGAAUAAGUGCACGAAGUCAUGAUUUGAAGUUUUGUGCAAGACAAACAGUAAUUCCUGUGGCUGCAAUUUAAUAUAUAAAGCGCAAACAGUCUCUUCCUUUGUUACACUGAUGUUUGCACACCCAAAAUAAAUGUCGAGCAUGAGCAGAUUUCUUAAACACACCUACUGUCGUCUCUUUUUUUUUUUUUCCUUGUUGAUAUCCUGUAUUACAUAAACAUAAUGUACUAUUGUCUAUUUAAUAAAGUCUUUGAGUUGGAGGAGGAAGCAAAUCUGUGGUACAAGGGAUAGAGAACAUUUUUCUCUCUCUCUUACGUACAAAAUUGGAUCUAGUAAAAUGUAUUUAUCACGUUCUCAAAAAGCUCCUCAUGAAAUCUGCUAGGCAAAUGUAGGGUGUUCUGGGCAUUGUAGAAGCACUUCUGAAAUUCUGUGUGCAUGGAUUUCACUGGUGGACUUGCUUACAGAACUGACAUGCCACGUUUCUGUUAAGCGCUCUCUUAUUGGCAUGCACUUAAUCCAGAGACUUCCUUCCCCACCAGUAAUGUAAGUGAACAUGACAUAUUUAGCUGCCCUGUGAUGGCAGGGUUUUGUAGUUCAGCUGCCAAAUUCAGUCAUUAUUUUCAUUAGUUUUUAUUACCCUAUUCAAAUGUUACAUGAAUGUCCCAUAUUGAGGGCUCUAAAUAUCUUUCAGGAGAUAGUCGAUACCUGCACUAUAACUACCAUAGUUCCAUAAAAUCUAUGUUAACAUUUAAUGCAUUAAAAAGUGUCAAUAAGCUCUCUCAUCCCCUUUAGACACUGUCGCUGUAAGCCAAUCAGUAGCUCUCCAUAGAUACAAACGGCUUGAGAAAGGUAGUACUUUUUAAAGCAAUGUUUAUGAAUGUGGAGCUAUUGAAUGGCUUACAGCAUUAUUUAACUGCUCUAAGCAGAAAAUAACUUUCUUUGGUUGAUUUUCUGAAAGUGGGUGUGGACGGGGACAGCGGGGAAUAGCGCUGGGGUUAAACCAUUCAUGGUGGGUUUAACUCUUUAAGUUAAGGAAGUGCCAGUGACUUCCUGGCACAUAACAUUUUUUUUUUUUUUUUGUCAUUUCUAAAUGUAAGACUUGAAUCGGAAAACUGUCUGGGAACAUAGCCCCAUUAAUAGCAUUUACUUUUCUGCAAAUGUUCGACUUCUCUUGAAAUUACAUCAUCUUUUCCCAGAAUCUCAUAUUUACAGUUAAAAUAACCAGUUAAAUCAUAAAAAUGAUGUAGGCGUUGUACAGAAUCAGAACACUAGAUUCUUUACUGACUGUACAAACAGGUCUUCAUUUGGGCCUAUAGAUUAAUCUUUUAUUUUUAUUUCAGUUUCAUCAGAUUCAUUUGUAGGUGUGCACCCUCCCAUUGUGAGUAGUUAAUCUUUUUUAGAAUUGUUUGACUUCUCACCUGGGGUCAGUCAGCACUUCUCUCUGCCUCCAUUAUAAAAUACAGCAGAACCAGAAACCCCUGCCUAGGCGUUACCUUACGCUCUGCAGAGCUAGCCAAUUGGCUAAGAAUAGCAGCUGGUUGCUGUCAGCCUAUGAGCAAAGCCCUGUAACUCUAGGCUUAGCUUAGACCGAAGCUUCCAUUUCUCUGGCUGGUGCAGGGAAGGAUGGGGAAGAUCUGGGAAGAAGAAAAACACCAUUGUUAUAGCUGGUAAUUUGGAUGAAUUGUUUCAUUUAUACAUGUAAUCAGGCACCCUUUUAAAAGAUAGUUGUGGGAUUAUGUAUAAAAAUCAUUUGAAUGUUUCCAUGUUUAGAACUUUGCCCCAGAACUGGUUUGCGUGAUGGUUGUGCUAGAUUUACUUGAAUAUGUAACCUGAAAGUAUUUUCUCCCUCGGAAUUUAUGAAUACGGAUCUGAUCAGUUUGCAUUCGCUGUUGCUGUAGGCUCAGCAAUUUGCAAGGCCUGAAUACCGUAUGGUUACUUUCUUAAAAUGCCAUUUUAAAUGUUUUAUUUUUAAUUCUUUAUUUUUGCAGUGCAAAAAAAUAUAACAUCAGGCGUGUGGUUCCCCAAUAGCAUUCCUCACGCCGAUUUAUCAACAUUUUUAUCAAUGGGGUUUUCAUAAAUCCAUGCACAUUUAUUAGUUAUUUAUGUCUAGAUUGUCCACGUUUAAACUUUACGCUGAGUAUACAAUUAAAAUGUGGUACUAGUUUAGCUGAGUAGGUCUAGCGAAGCCUUGGCGGCACAGUGUGUUCUAUGCUUUGUAGAGCUUUUGGUCUAGUCGCUGGCUUAUCUAGCUGCUCUAGGACACUUGAAAUAAUUUAACAUCGCUAACUGCAGUACUUCAAGUUAAGUCUAGAUUAGACAACAAGUUGCGUAAAACAAUACUAGAUCGGCAUACAUUUAAAAGUAGACAGUUGUUAUAGAGAUAGUUACGUUAGAUGGUAGAUGCAAGAUAUGAGGGUUACAGUCAGGUUAUACAUUUUAGCGUUAAAGUUAGUCAUGUCGGCAGGUUUGUCAUAAGAUUAGCAUAAGAGUAUUGACCCCCUCUGAUCCCCAUUGUUUGGGUACAUGUGGGUUUGUGUAGAGGUCAGGCGUAUGUGGACAUGGAGUGUGCCCAUGUACAUUGUUAGGUCUACAGUGUUUGGUAGUGAGUAAAAUUUUUAUUUUUAAUGUAUUGCUCAUGUAAAGCAAAAAAAAGGCCAACAUUAGUUUUGAAGUUGUUGUAGAUUCUUAUUCUAGAAUGUCUGUUUUUCCAGUCAUAGAAACUACAAUAUUUACAAGUAAGUCACCCAUACAGUGGUAUUGCAUCGAAGUGCCAUUUAAAUGCUUCAUUUGAGUUGCUGUGAAUAUAGUGGUGCAGGAAUGUUUAAUGAGGCUGCUAAGUUAAUGGAGUGUGUAAUCCUCAAACCUUUACUGUUGUUUUUUUCUGUUUUAUGUUCAUGGAUUAUUGCAACACAAAUUCCUGCGCCCAAAUUUUUUUAGAAAAGCAUAACUUUUUAUUUUCCUUUGACAAAAAUUAACUAAGAUGUUUAAAAAAAUGUGAGCUAACUAAUAUCACCAUGAAGAUUUGCUGUGAAAUUACUUGAUUAAUCAAUGUGCAAAUUAUUAUUGACCGAUCAUAUAAAAAUACAACAAAAUAUUUUAAACCACUGUAUCACUGUACUUUUUGUCACAAUCUCAGGAUGAAGAUAGAAGCUAACUCGUAGCCGAUUGCCCAUUAAAUGAGCAGUAAUUAAUAUAAACCCAAUUCUCUAACACAUUGAGUGGAUAUGUUUGUAUACACAUCUAACAAAUUAGAGAACAUACAUAGAGGCACACACAAUUAUGUAGGAUAACUGAAUAUUAAUGUUAUUCCCCCCAUCCCCUCAUUUUCUGAAACUGGUACUUAGUUCAGGUGAUCACGUUUACCUACAUGCUUGUAUUUAAAAUGUCCUUCAACUUAACAAUUGCAUUUUUUCGUGGUACAAAUUUGAGUGAUUUUAAUUUGUGCUAUUUAUUAUAAUAUUUUAAAUAUUUUCUUUCCAUGUGACCACGAGAACCUAUGGCUCUCAUUCUUAACUGAAAUGCCAUAAUAAACUUUUAGAGCAAAAAAGACAAAAAACCCAUAAAUAAUGUUUUGCGCUAUCUAAAGUAAAUAUUUGCUUUCUGAUUGUUUUAUCAAUGCACAGUGUUUCAAUCUGUUGGAAUAAAAGGAUACUCUGGAUGUGCACAAAAGGUUUUCCAACUAAAAAACAAUGUUUUCAUAAAACAAAGGUUUUGUUUUGAGUAAUCCUUUCUUAAAUGCUCCAUUGCACCCCAAUUUUAAAAAUAAAUGCUAUAUCUAACCUCUUUUCCAUCACCAAAUCAAAUAUCUUGCGUACUUCUUGCCUGACUUCACCCCCCAUGCCCCUAACCAGAGAGGGAGGGCGGUGAGCCUGGAGUAAGGGGAGUAUAGGAGUGGCACAUAAGGGGUGUACUGCCAUUGAUUUCAUUCGCCAGCCUUAAAACUUGGCUCCAGGCUUGUUAAUAAAGCUACCAGCGAUGGAGGUACACCUCCGGCAUUUAAGGGACUAUCUCUAUGCACAGCGUUUCAUAGCAAAACAUUUAAUGUGCAGACUUCAGGCACCAUGACCACUUCAAGUGAAUUUUAUGAAAACCUGGAGGCCUAUUUGGAAAUUUUAGGGCGUACAGGCUAGAUGGGGCAGUUGUGUAGAUUAAUGUAUUCUACAGUCUCUUGAUUUAUUUAUUCAGUAGACGGAGUUGUAGUGACUUGAUAAAUUGUUUGAAAAUAAAGCCUAAAACAUUUUAAGCCUGUGUUUUUGAACUAUAGUAUAUUUAGCUAAAUUUUGUAGCUCUACUGGAACUGAGUUUCAGAUUAAAUGUUCAGUAAUGAUGAGCCUUGAUUCUGCCAAAAUCUAUAUGUCAGGGUGGUUUUAAUAACUUUUUAUGUCAGAGAUGAAUUAGGCAUGCAUAUCCGCUUACAAAAUAAUUACUCAACAGUCUGCUUCUGUCUUACCUCUGACAACUUGUCCUCCUACUGUCUGAUUGAAGUCUACUAAAUAUGUCCUGUUCUUUAUAGAAGUAUUAACUCUUAUUGGCACCUAUAACACUAUUUUACUAUAUGCAAUAAUAAAUAAGGCAUCAAAUUAAAGGGACACCAUAGGCACCCACACCACUUCAUCUCAUUGAAGUGGUCUGGGUGAUGUUUCUUUCCCAUAAACUGCAAUGUUUACAUUGCAGUGUUAAGAUUGCUUCUAAAGGUGCUUCCUGCAGUUUUAUGAAGCUUAACUCUGAAAUUACACUGGACAUCCUCACGCUGUGCAUGAAGACCUUCAGCGUUUUGCAAAUCCCCUUAGAAAAGCAUUGAUUCAGUUCCUUAUUGGGAAGUCCUAAUGCACGCAAUGCUCACUGCACAUGCACAUUAGUUCCCCCUUAGCUGAUGUUUGAGGAAACGGAGUCAGUGCAAAGGGACCUUGGAGGUGGAAUCAGGUAAGUGGUUAAAAGACUUUUAAUCCUUUCAUUAAGGGCAGAAGCAGACGUACAUUAUAGUGUUAGAAUUACAGCUUUGUGUUCCUUUGAUAUUUACCAUCUAAAUAGAUUAGCAGGCAGCUAGGAUUUCCCAAAAAGAUGGCUCUGGGUUAGUCUUGCUAAGCUUCAGUCAAUGAGUUAGAUUAUGCAUUUUCAAAGAUUAAACCAUUGGAAAGCUAUGAAAACCCUGUAGCUUCUUGACCGAUGGAUCAGUGGUGGUUUAAGAUGGUGGAGAACAAAACCUCAUGCCAAGUCUCAUGCAACCAUCCUGACCCUGAAGCUGGUGCUGGUGAAUACAACCACACAGCUGAUGAAUCAAGUAAAAGUGGACUUCAUUUUAAGUACAGGGCUCCUUAACCUUCAGGCCUAUUGUUCAGCUCCUUGUUUGCAUCUCAUUACAGAAGCAUAGAGACCUGUCACCCACUGCCUAGCCCUGUUCUCCACAUGUCCAGAAAAUAUGUAAUUUUAUUCUAUUCCACCACCGUUCAGCUAGGGCAUUUUCCUAAGUGCCCCUAUGCCUAUGGAGCAUCCACCACUAAAACUGAUCUCACAGUGACAACCAUAAAACCUUCAGGAUGUGUUUUAUUGACCUUCAGUACUUGUAGAUUGAAAAUGUUGGUUUAUGCCCAUAUUUUUCUGAAAGAUGUAUUUUAGUUUUUUACGUUAUGUAUAAUUAUAUAUAUAUAUGUAUAUAUAUAAUUUUUUUUUUUGGUGGUGUUUUGUGAAAUGGUAUAUUGCAUAAUCUGAAGUAAGGAUGAAGAGUUCUUGUCUAGCAAUGUCCCUCCCCUAUUCUGUUCUAGGAAUGUUCUAUAAUUUCCAAGUUAUUACCAUUCUAAUGUAUUUCUACCUGUAGUUCCCAAUCUGACAAUGCAUUUUCCAAAACAUGUACACGGCACAAUUCCAAAAGCUCCACGGCACAAAUCUGCUCCAGUUCUGUGCUGAGGGUGCAGUUAAAAGGCUCUCACAGCUGAUUAAAAAUCUAAUCCGAACCUUGUAUGCUUCUUUACUUUACCCAGUGUAUCAGUAAACUUGCAAUUUAAUCAACUGUGAGCUUUUAAACUCACCCGUUCAGAACACACAGUGGCGUCCUUUAGCUCUGCAUUGAUUUAGAAAUAAACAAAUGACUAACUUUUAACUGCGUGAGAGCCAGAAGAAUGCAUUGCACUCUUCAUCUGUGAGCAAUUUAAAGAAUCUUACAUUAUUUUCUUAAAAUGAAGGUUCUAACACAUUAUGUGUCUAAAAGGAAGUUUGCUUUCUGUGAAUUUUCCAAAUUUCACACCCCCUCAGAUCUGUGAGCGAUACAAUUAUGUUUAUUUUGUUUUAUUAGCUAAACAUCAGUUUUUACUUAAAGGAAAUCCAUAAAAAUUACAGCACUGACUAAAAAGCUGAAAAUAAUCUUUAACUUUUUGUUAACCUUUGUGUCAUAUCUCUUUUUUAAAUCUGUAUUCAAGAUUUAACAAUUAAAGGACCACUAUAGGCACCCAGGCCACUUCCCUCUAGUUUUAACCCUGCAGCUGAAAAUGUUUCACUGAGGGUUAAUCCAGCCACUAGUGGCUGUCUCACUGACAGCCGCUAGAGGCGCCUCCGCGAUUCCCACUGUGAGAAUGCAUGCACAUUCGGUUCUGACGUCGGCAGGGGGUGGAGAGUUCCCCAGCACAGAGGGAGCCCAGCACUGGAGAAAGGUAAGUGGCUGAAGGAGUUUUGAACCCUUCAGCCCAGCGGGAGAGGGGGGCCCUUAGGGUGAGGGGGACCUAAUGACCCUAUAGUGCCAGGAAAGUGAGUUUGUUUUCCUGGAACUAUAGUGCUCCUUUAAUGUCACAAACCAGUUCAGCCUGGUCACCCAUUACUUUAGAGGAGGAUAAACAGAAACAUUGUUCCUCCACCUCCACUGUUUAAUGAUAGAAGGGGGCACGGAUUAUAACAAUAAUUGACAGGGAGCCAAGGUGAAGCCACUCAAGAGAGAUUGGUUUUCUCAUUUGUAACAUUUCAUUUUGUAACAUCUGAUGGCUUUUUUUGUAAAUUAUUAUUUUUUUUUUUUAGACUUUCCAUUUAGUGUUAAUUUGUAAAUAUUACCUGUGUUGUUUGACACAAACAAAUUCUACGGCACCAUAUACAUUGAGUUAAAGUGAACCGGUCAUGACCCACUUCACCCUCUGAUGCAGCACUGCCAUGUCCUCACCUGAGGUCUGCCUUUGCUUGGCUCGCUAUCUGUAUUCUUUUGCCCUGCUUGGGGACACUUUCACAAGCAGGGCAAACCUUCUUUGUGACACCAACACACUGAUUUCAUUGCCAGCGUGCAAGCAUCUCAAUUAAGUGGUGUCCGUCAUUCCGUUCUAUACACCCUAGCCAGAUCUAACUGCGUUAGCUAGGGAGUUACCUAGCACUUCCGUUGUGGUUCCUUAGCAAAGAGUCUAUGCCGAAGAAUUGUCUGGCAAGUGGGACAAAGACCUAUUUUAAAAUCGUUUUUACAAUGAGUCAAUACAUCAAAUCUACUAUUAGCACAAUGUAUAGCUUAGAAUAAUACGCUCCUUAAAAAAAAAAAAAAAAAGGAUACGUUGUACCUGGCAUGAUCAAUACACUUUAAGGACAUUGUUUAGAAGGGACUGCUAAUUAAUAUAGAUUACUUUAGCACUUUGUUUAAUAGCACUAUAAAACCCGCAAACUAGUCCUUUGUCCCUCUACUUCUGUUUGCUGAUGUGAAGGGCAUUAUUGAGCUUUAAAAGUUAUCCCCCCCAAUAACCUCAUUAGAUAAAUCAGAUUACCAAUGAUUACAGUGCAUAGGGUUUUAUGGGAGUGUGAAAUUGAUGUGUUGUGUUUAGGUCCUAAGUUUCCGGUAAAGUUAUUGGAAGAUUUAUUAACCCCUGAAGGACACAGCUUCAUUUGUUUGUCUUUCACUUAAAGACACAAGCAGAUUUUUUCUUAUAUGUAUACUAUUGUGAAUGGGUUUUUGUUGGAUUGACACUUGGAGGGUGCAGUUAUAGAGUAAGAUUUUUUUUUUUGUAUUUCCUUAAUUUUUAAAGCGCCACGUAUGCACUUGUAAAGUUAGCUAGAAUUUGCUGUGUUCUAACCCUGACCCUAAAUCUAAUGCUAAAUAUCACUUUAAUCCUAAUUUAUACCCUAAUCGUAUGCCUAACUCUAAUUAUAAUCUUAAUCCUAUUUUUAGUCCAAACCCUAGCAAUAGUGUUGGGAUUCCCUGUUGAUAUAAAAGGAAUUCCAUUGCUUAUUUUAACAUUGCCUUGGCAUUCCUUGCUGACAUUAAUAGCAGAAAUAUAUAGAGCAUAACAUUUUAGGGAUCCUGCUGAGAUAUAACAGUGCAAUAUUGCCUGAUAUUAAGAAAAUGCAAAUUUGCAGUUGCACUCACUCACAAGUUAGAGGUGAUAAGUGCCUUAUGGGUGCCACCCACGAUUUCAAUAGGGGGCUAAAGGAGCUUUUUAAGUCACCAGAUUAGUCUCCAGACAGGUCUUUUUAAGUCACCAAACGAUAUUCCAGAGGUUUCUUCCAAAAGUAUAUUUUCACAAAUAGUGUUAAAAAUGUUGGUCCUACGUGUUUCGUUCUCAGAACUUCCUCUGGGACCCAUAUAGGUAAAAUACCAAUAUAAUACAAACUUUGCAGCCUAAAUAACCCCUUUCCCCAAGGCUGUUUAUAUAGGGCUAACCACCAAAAUGUCAUUGGUGGAGUGGUGGGCGUCCUCUCUUCGUACCUUUAAUUCCUUUGGCUCCCGUAGUUGUUUUACAAAGGUUUAAAACAUUUUUUUUUUUUUUUUUUUAAAUAUGAGUGUUGGCUAUUUAGGUAACCAUUCCCCCAAGGUGGGAUCCUCAAAAUUAAUGGGCCAAUAUCUGCAGAGAGAUUUCAGAAUUUUAUGAUGAUCUGUAUUAUAGUGUACUAAUCUGAAACCUAAUUCUAAUCGUAAAAUUAAUUCUAAACUUAAUCCCAAAUGGAAACUAAUAAUGUAUAACCGAAUACUUAUUUUAAACCUAAUUUUAAUCCUAAUCCCAAGGGAUUCCCUGCACUAAUAUCAGUACUAAUACUAGCAAAAAUAAUUCUAAAAUAAAAUAGAGAUUGGUAUGUUACUGACAUCCUCUAGCUAUUUUCAGUAUGACAGACUGAUCUGCUAGACCUAAAACAGUAUGCUCAAGGCAUUAAGAUUGGUGGCAUCAGAUCUAGUAAGAUAUUCACUGUAGCUGAGCUUGAUAACUCAGCAGCAGUGUUUAACGGCUAUAUAUGAAGUGUUGAAUUUCAGGACUGCAUGCAGCUCAUCAAGAAGACGGGUGCCAGCUGACAGUGGGGUGCCCUAGGUAUCUAGUGAUAAUUGGGUUUCUUGGUAUGAGCAGGGAUUUAGUCCUGCUUACACUACAUUGCUGUCCAAUAGGGAUUUAUAACCUUGCUCACACCACAUUGUAAAAAUGGGGAUUUAAAUACCUGUUUGCAGUGCUCACUAAGAAAUAAUACCUGGAGUUUCCGAUUGCAAGCGGGGGAACUGUCCCUGCUUGUAGAAUACUGCAUAAAGGAAAUAUUCUGUCAUGGGUCUAUGUAUAUAAUACACGAUAUAACACACGUAACAUUGGACUGAGCAGUCCGUUUUGUUCUUACGGAAUAGGUUCUGGAGCAAACCUUGUAUGUUUGUGUAAGUAAUUAUUUUUGUUUUUCCUUGUGAUUUGUUAGAUUGCUGUAUGUUGGUUAGUGCUCACUUGAAGGACUGCAGACUUGUUUAGUGAAUGAUGCAUCCACUUUAAUUUAACGAUCUCUCUCUGUGCAGAAAGAGCGCUUAUCUUCAGAUUUGGUGAACUUUCUGUCCUCCGUAUUGAUGUUAGCGUUUUAAUAACUGUGUUCUAUCUUCUUACUGAUAUUGUGCCACAGCAAUACCUGGAUUGAUUCUGCACCGUCCCCUUCCCCCUUCCUGUUUACUAUAUUUUGAAUAUUGCCGUUUAGUAGUAGUUGCCAAAUCAAGAGCCUUCUGUUCUUAUGGAAUUCAUAAAAGUCAAGUUUAAAAAUGUAUCCGAUGCACCACAUGCUCCUUACAAGUGGCAGGUGGUGUAUUUCAUGUUGGUCUUUAUUUUUUAUAUAUAUAUACCCAUGUGUUGUAAUAGUUUGCUGUCCACUUUGCAUGAAUUAAAAUCAAACAGAAACACCUGCAGUUCCACAGCCCUUGGAAUUAAACAGACUACUUAUAGGGCUAACUUGUUUGUUUUGGUUUUAACUGAAAAAUGCACUUCUGUUAAUGUUUAUCCCUUUAUUAUUACUACUUAAUUCUGGAAUUUGACACAGUUAAAGAAAUGGUAUUAUAUUUUUACAUGUUCUCUUCACUAAGUGAUUGCAAAGUAAAAUGUGUGGUGCAAUUGUUCCUCUCAAACUGGAAAUUUGCUGCCAAUUAUGACAACUACUCAGGGCCGGCCCAAGAUAUUGCGUUGCCUGGGUCCAAAUAGGAAAUGCCCCCUGCCCCCCACAAAAAAAAAACCCAUAUAUGCUUCUGCAAUUGUAGUGUCUCCAUGUGUGUGUGCUCAUGAUUAAGUGUGUGCUGGGGAUGUAGCGUGUGUCUGUGUACAGCCAGUGUUGUGAAGUUACCUAUACACUUUGUCUGUCUAUCUGCAUGUGUGUCAGUGUCUGUAUCUAUAUCAGUGCUUGUAUCUGUGUGUCUGUGUAUCUGCAAUGUUUAUGGAUGUGUAUCAGGGUGUCUGUGCAUCUGCAUGUGUGUCAGUUUGUGUAUUAAACACUGACACACAUGCAGAUACAGACACACUGAUACGCCUGCAGAUACACAGACAUAUACAAUGACACACGUACAAAUACACAAACUGAUCUAAAGGGACCUUGGAGGUGGAAUCAGGUAAGUGGUUAAAAGACUUUUAAUCCUUUCAUUAAGGGCAGAAGCAGACGUACAUUAUAGUGUUAGAAUUACAGCUUUGUGUUCCUUUGAUAUUUACCAUCUAAAUAGAUUAGCAGGCAGCUAGGAUUUCCCAAAAAGAUGGCUCUAGGUUAGUCUUGCUAAGCUUCAGUCAAUGAGUUAGAUUAUGCAUUUUCAAAGAUUAAACCAUUGGAAAGCUAUGAAAACCCUGUAGCUUCUUGACCGAUGGAUCAGUGGUGGUUUAAGAUGGUGGAGAACAAAACCUCAUGCCAAGUCUCAUGCAACCAUCCUGACCCUGAAGCUGGUGCUGGUGAAUACAACCACACAGCUGAUGAAUCAAGUAAAAGUGGACUUCAUUUUAAGUACAGGGCUCCUUAACCUUCAGGCCUAUUGUUCAGCUCCUUGUUUGCAUCUCAUUACAGAAGCAUAGAGACCUGUCACCCACUGCCUAGCCCUGUUCUCCACAUGUCCAGAAAAUAUGUAAUUUUAUUCUAUUCCACCACCGUUCAGCUAGGGCAUUUUCCUAAGUGCCCCUAUGCCUAUGGAGCAUCCACCACUAAAACUGAUCUCACAGUGACAACCAUAAAACCUUCAGGAUGUGUUUUAUUGACCUUCAGUACUUGUAGAUUGAAAAUGUUGGUUUAUGCCCAUAUUUUUCUGAAAGAUGUAUUUUAGUUUUUUACGUUAUGUAUAAUUAUAUAUAUAUAUAUGUAUAUAUAUAAUUUUUUUUUGUCUGUGCAUCUGCAUGUGUGUCAGUUUGUGUAUUAAACACUGACACACAUGCAGAUACAGACACACUGAUACGCCUGCAGAUACACAGACAUAUACAAUGACACACGUACAAAUACACAAACUGAUCUAUACACAUUACAGACAUACAGAUAUACACACUACACAUGCACAGAUAAACGCACACUUUGCAAAAUGUCAUCCCUGUCAGAGUGCCACUUGGAGCCAUGGCCCCCCGCGGUCUGUGGACGAGCCAACCCUGCAACUACUGUAACACAAUUUAAAAAUGUGUAAUUGCUUGUGUGGAGUAUGGACUGUUAUUAUUUAAUAUAUACAUUCUUAUUACCUAUAGGUUAUUUUACAUGUUGCAAAAAAGACUAACUCUGAAAUUAUGACAAAUGCAUAUGUAGCCUUCCAAUUUCUGUGUAAACAAGAGACUCUACUCUUGGAACCGAGACUACAGCAGGGCUCCAAACAAUCCUGCUUUUGGCAGGAAAACCCGAUAUCGGGAUCCUACUCCACCUUCCCAAUUUAGUGCCCUUGUAUUCUGCUUCUGGGAACACCAUGGAACUGUCCUUGGGCAGCAAAGAGUGCCUUAUUACACAUACUUGAUCUCUGCGACUGACAUUAGCACCAUGCAGAGAGUACUUCAGCAGCGCACUCUGCAUGGCCCUGCAACUACGGAGCUGUCUUUCAGCCUGGUGUGCUUGACUUCACUGGGCAGGCUCACCCACUCCCAGGUUGGCCACCCAUUUGCGUCAAUGGGAAUGCCCUCUAGAAUCCUCACCCACCUGUUUCAUUUACCUUCCAAUGUUAGGAGGUAUACCAGUGUUGUGAAGUAUUCUACAGAUAUAUAUAUCUCAUCAUAGAAUUAUGCUUAUUGUACACAAAACGAGCGAUUGAUUAUCUAAUGCAAUCAUUUUAGGAAAAAUUUGGCAUAUUAGCUUUGCUCUAUACUUCCUAUUCUUUGUUUAAAAAAAAAACAAAAAAAUUCCUUCUAAAAUUCAUCCAUGUUUCUCUGUAAUACAAAGUUUGAUCAGUAGAGAGAUCUUUGGAAAUUGACUUGUGUGUGUCUGUUUUUUGCAGGAUUUUUUCAACUGGAUGAGUGAUGUUAUUUUGGCUCACAUAAUCUCAGAAGGCAUUGUUGCAUGAGAUUGAUAGGAGAAUGUGGAACAGGCUGUGUUGCUGCCUUCUGCUUGCCACAAUUUUCUUCUGUUUGCCAAACCGUUUCCAAGCUCAAAACCAAAGUGAGUAUAUGUUCGGUAAACUCUUCUACUUUCUUUUCACGUUUUUCUUUCUGUUAGGUUUUUAAAGAAAAUCAUUCAAUUUUGUCCUUUUGGUCUAGAUUAUAAUUUUUUUUUAUUUUUCUCAUAUUAUUUGUCCUGAUGUAGUUUCAUAUUGUGCCUGAUAAUUGUCAGGCUUGCUUAUUUGAGAGCCAGCUGUUUCCUUUCAAUAGUGUUCUGGUUAGCGUGAUCCCAAGAAUUGUGGUGCUUUAGGUCAAUCAUUAAUAAGAUGUGGUUAAAGAAAUUAGAGCAAUAAACAGCCAUUAGAACAAACCAAGGGAGGAAAACAAAAAAGGACUUACAGUAAAUCCACACUUGGAAAAUGAUAACCACUUUCCUGUGCUGUCAGUGCAUUAACGUAAAAGCAGCAAGGCAAAAAAAACCAAACAAAAACACAAUAAAAAAAUAAUCAAUGCUAUAAAAGCUCCUACUUAUAUUACAUGUUACAAAAUGCUUUUAAUUGAAAGGUUAAAAUUUAAGUUUAAUUUUAUGUUAUUGAUAUACCAGCCAACAUCCACAAUUAAAAAUAAAUAUUUAUUAAAAAAUUUUCACGUUACUUUAAUGAAACGUUAAACGUUGAUUUAACAUAAAUGCUAUACAAUUGCAUUUUUAUGUUUAUAUAAUCUAUAUUGCACAGUUCUCACAUUCACAUCAAGGUUUUUUUUUGUGUGUGUGUAUUUGAUUCUCUCUUUGAGUUAUAAAAGGGAUUCUAAUUUUUUUUUGGGGGUGCCCCAGAUAGUCCCCUAUAGAGACUAGAUUUGAUUUAUAGUCCUGAUGCAAGACUCUGCUUCUACCCUUGUUUGUGGUGAUAUAACAGGAUCUGGUAGUAUCUCUAUAGUGUAGCAACAUCAGCUACUAACAAUAUGAUUGCUAUUUUAUGAAAAGGCUAACCUUUUCUCCCACACCACAGUUCUCUCUGCAGUGGGUGGAGCUUGGCACAAGGGCACUAUAGCAAUACACUAUAUACUAUUGGAAUACAGGUUUAUAUUCCGAACACUGUAAUGUUCCUAUAACUCAUGCACUUACCACUAAGACUAAGAUGUUUUGUACAAUACAAUUGUAUCUGUAGAACGUAUUAUUUUCAAAUGUUUUUUUAUUGUUUUAAAUAAUAAUAAAAAUAACAAUUGUACAUUUUUGUCAACGUUUUUUAACAGUCAAUAGUAUUUUUAAACAUUAUGAUAUAUGGACAGUGACAUAAUAGCAAAGAUCUUUGUUUUGGUUACAUUAUCGAUACAAUGGGUAACAACACAAAGAUCAUAAAUGAAGAAAAGCAUAAAAAAGAAAAACUGGGGAAAAAUUAAUAAAUUGCACAUCCAUAGUAUGAUAAUGAAAAAUUUCGUCCUAUAUAUUUAUAUAAAUAUAGUAUAUUAAAUGACAAACAUAAAUGACAAAGCGGUUUUCGGUCAGGUGGAAAUGUCAUCAAGCUUGUACUUACUCCUCAUUGCCUUCUCCCAUUCAGACCAGUCAUGUCUGAGGAGUACAUUGGUAGUCGAUGGUACUCGAAGAGCAAGUUCACAUCUUUUAUUCUCAAAUAAAACCAGUAAAACGUCUCUAACAGAGGGAAUUGUAACAGAUUUCCAAUAUCUAGAAAUGAUUUAUGUGGCCGAGAUAAGGAGGUGGCCUAACAUUAUUCUUUUGUGAGUUGAUAAAUCUUCAGGGAGACAUUUAAGUAAGCAUAAUCUAGGAGUUAAAUCGACAGGGAACUCAGUGAUAGAAAUGAUAAUUUCUAAUAUUUUUUGCCAAUAGUUGGAUGGUUUUGCUCAUGACCAGAAAAUAUGGUAGAAAGUACCUGUCUGUCCACAGCCUCUCCAACAUAAAUUAGAUGUGGAGAGGUGUAGUUGGAACAUUUUAUAGUAAGUAUUGUAUGUACAAAAUGUAUAGUUCCUUACCCCUUAAGGACCAAACUUCUGGAAUAAAAGGGAAUCCUGACAUGUCACACAUAUCAUGUGUCCUUAAAGGUUUAAAGAUUGACUCCUACCAUCAUAACCACUUCAACCUGUUGUAGUAGUUAUGAUGAUAGGAGUACCUUGACCCUAUGCCCUGGUAAUUGGCAAAGCAUUUUGUAGGUUUUAGAUUGUAAGCUUGUUUGGGCAGGACGCUUUUUGCCUUCUGUUCCAUUAUGUAAAUCUUGCUGAAUAUGUUGGCACUGUAUAAAUAAUUGUAAUGGCCUUCACUCUUACCUGGGUCCCACCGGACUCUUGCUCUUCUUUAAAGGCAGAUUUAUAACAUCCAGCUUUUGUAGAGCAGACAAUGUAUGAGAGUCUGCAUUGAAAUUUCGAUACACAGAAUUGACACUAGCCAGUCCGGAACUCUUGUUCAGGUCUAGCUAAUAUUGCCCCAAUAAUGCUGAUUGAGGUGGAGUUUACACCUCUGGUAACAGAAGGUAUUUUUAAAUGUUAGUUGUGUGGGGUGCUCAUAAUUUAAACGAUAAAAACAUGAAGUUUAAAAAAGUAAAUAAAACUUUGCAAAAGCCAUUAACCCCUUAAGACUGCAGGGUGUUCUAUGCCGUCCAUAUUUUGGUGGCUCUAAACGCCGCAGGGCAGCAUAGAACGCCCUGCCAUCUUAUGUACUUAUACGGUCGCCUGCGAUUGCGGUAUGGGGACUCAUCUGGGAGCCCAGGGAGUCCCCCUCUGUCCUCUUCGGCCCCCCUGGGCCAUGUGAUUGCGAGAAAAUUUGAAAAAAUAUUUUCUCCCAUUUUUAAAAAUAUUUUAUUCAUAUUAAAUUGUUCCAUACCUAUAUAUUUGAUGUUAAAUGAAAGCCCUGUUUCCCCUGAAUAAAAUUAUAUAUAAUAAGUGUGGGUGCAUUUAAUAUGAAAGCGGUGAAUUAUGACCUGUGUGUUAUUAAUAACGACGGAUAAUUUUCUUCAAAAAGCCCAGCGUGUUCCUUUCUUUGUGGAGAUAUAUAUAUUUAACUUUUAUGACAUAACCUUCAUUCUAUAUUUUGUUGUUUUAGAUUCUUCAGAUUUCUUCCAGAACCUGGCAUGUGUAACACAUGACAUAGAUUACCUGCUGUGCUCUUGGAGUCCCCCACCCCUUGCAAAUGCUGCCAUUGAUUACAACAUAUGUUAUAGGUAUGGUGUUUUUGUGUUUUUGUUUGUUUUUCCCUUCUUUUUUUAUUUUUUAUAAUUCUUUAUUUUUGUUGUGCUUGAUAUUAACAAAGAAUACAAUAUACACUGAGAGAGUCGAAGAAUGAUGACAAGUCAGAGCAAGAAAGAGCAUAUAAGCACAUUUUUAGGGUAAAGGAAAAUUUGCACAGAAAGUGUGCAGAUUGAGUUAGGUAGUGAGGGUGAUCAAGCUUACUGCACUGAGUUAAAACUGUAUAGAAUUAUAUAUAAAACACGAGGGAAGCGAGUGCAGAGCAGUUUAAGACAGUAUAUACAAAAGCAUUCUCAAGUUAGGUGAGCUGACUGCACUUAGAUUCAUAUAAGAUAGAGAGUUACUACCUAGGGGAAUUCAACUGGCUACAGCUUUUGUAUACUUUAUAGUUGAGUUAGAGUUAUGUAAGGAGAAGAGGGAAACCGUAAUGAAGGGCUCAGAGUUCUGUGGUCAUCCAAUACCUUUGGCAAGCAGGCCAUGCUGAGGCAGGUGAUCAGGGUCUUCGGGACCAUCGCAGGCUGUAUAUCUCGUUGCUGCUCCCCCCAUUACAUACUCUCCUCGCAACAGUCAGGCUGAGUCUUUCUUUGAGAUUCCGGGGCAUGCUGGACUGCAUGGGUGCUUGAUCCGCAUGCGGGUAGGUGAGUUCGGUGGGAUCCCCGUCUGGAAGGGUGUCUCCAUGUGGAAGUUCUGCAACUGGCUUUAACCACAGGGGCAGGCUGCGUGGGAUGCUUGCUCAUCUGGGCUCUCUGCCUAGAGCCGGAGGUCUGAAGUGAGUGUGGGUAGCUGCUGGCAUGACUCGAUCCGGGACCGGAAUGCUGCACAAAAGCUGGCUGGAAUUUUAUUUCCCAGUGAAGUAGGUGCUCUGUCUAUGCGGCGGCCACCUUAGAUUUGCCACUUCUCGUCUGUAGUGCGUAUAAGCUGCUAUGCCUUGAAGGUGUAGUAGCUUUCCCUGGUGGGGACCGGGAUAUCCCCCACUGGUACAAAGGGGACGGGGUGAGAACCAAUCUGCUUAAUCAGCUCAGCCGACCAGAACACCAGGAGUGUGACCGUCUCUCCCACACCAGGUCCACCUGUAGCCCGUAAAGUCAGGAGUCGGGCAAUCCGGUGAGUAGCGCCACGAGCUUAAUGUUGGUGGGUUCUUCAGGAUGCCCCCAGUCAUGCAAAUGUUUCUAUGCAGUCUGAUCUGUAAAUUAGCCCCCUUCCUUUUUUAUUCUAACCCCUUAACAAAGCAUGCAGAAACUGUAGCAAUGGCAAACAAAGCAAUUGUGGUGGAUAUUUUUUUGUUUGAUUAAUAGCAAUGUAUAUGUUUAAGUGCAAAGCACGUUCCUUCCUGUUCCUUAUGUUCUACCUCUUUUAUUACAGUAGACUUGCCUUUCCCUUAUUAUAAUCCUGUGGUUAGUUGGGUGCCCACCACCUCCUCUGCCCUCAGAAACUAAAUCUGGCACUGCAGGGAGAUACUUGUUGGCUCAGAGUACUCAUCUGGUACAAUCUACCUAUGAGCUUGCCUGCAAGCUCUCAGUGGAGCCAAAUGCAGCUCUUUGCAGGAGUAAAACUUAAAAAGUUUGAUUACAAACACUGGGAGGGCAUCUCUGGACCAUAACCACUACAGCUAGCUUUUCUGGUUAUGGUGCUUGAUUGUUCCUUUGAUACAUAGAAUAAUCUGCCUAAACCACUGCUUCAAAAAUUAAACACUUCAAGCAGCACUGUCACUGUGUGGGGACUGUGCAGAAUUUGUAAGCACCCCUAAUGGUGACAUUGCUGCUGAAGGUCAGUGAGGUGGGCAAAGGUGAGUUCUGCUUAUCUGAACUGAUCCUCCAUAGAUAAAGAAAAUUCCGUGCAGCAGGGGUGUCUAGAAGUAUCAGGCAGAGGAAGUAUACAGACACAAAGUAGUCCCUACUUUGUAUCAGUAUAUCUCUUAUAUUAUAUCUUUUUGAAAUACAAAUUUGUCAUGGGGGAGAAGGUGGUGGCGACAGUGUCACUUAAAAUUUUAACAUAGAUAAUUCUAGAAUGUUAGAAAUUCCUGGUACCCACAUUAAAAUGAAGUACAUGUUUCACUUUGUUUUAUGUUAUUGUAGGUCUUCUGAGCCUCAAAGAUGUUUUCAGACCAACAAAACACAAUUAGAAGUCGAAUUAAAGACGUUCACUAGCUACGACAUAAAAAUUACAGCCAUGACUGAUUUGGGUCCCGUGCAGAUACAUUUUCAAAAAACUACUCUGGAUAUCCGUAAGUAACUUUUAUUUAUUUAUUCAGGACUCUCCAUCAAUGUAUACAUCUCUCUAUAGAAAAUUAAACUCAUACAGCCACAACUAACAGAACUUCAGAGGAUUGUCCUUCUGCUGUGUGGGAGUUUCAGUUGUCUUUAAAGGACCACUAUAGUGCCAGGAAAACAAACUCGUUUUCCUGGCACUAUAGUGUUAAUAGGUCCUCCCUCCCGCCGGGCUCUAGGGGGAGGAAGCGGUUAAAGGCUUACCUUUCUCCAGCACCGGGCUCCCGCGGCGCUGGGGACUCUUCUCCCUCUUCCGCCGAAUGUGCAUGCGCGGCAAGAGCCGCGCGUGCAUUUAAUCAGUCCAUAGGAAAGCAUUCUCAAUGCUUUCCUAUGGACGCUGGUGUCUUCUCACUGUGAAAAUCACAGUGAGAAGCGUGGAAGCCCCUCUAGCGGCUGUCAAUGAGACAGCCACUAGAGGCUGGAUUAACCCUAAUGUUUACAUAGCAGUUUCUCUGAAACUGCUGUGUUUACAGCAGAAAGGGUUAACCCUAGAUGGACCUGGCACCCAGACCACUUCAUCGAGCUGAAGUGGUCUGGGUGCCUAUAGUGGUCCUUUAAGAGGUAGAAAGAAAAUUGACCUAAUGAUUUUGAAGUUUUGUUUUAUGUUAGGCUUGUUAAUUGGUUUAUUUAACAAUAUGUUCUUUAGUUUGUGGAUAAUUGUAAAACAAAUUUGCUUUUCAAUACACUUUACGCUGGUUAAAUAUAAUGUGGAUUAACUGUUAUUUGUGUAAAAAAAAAAAAAAAGAAAAAGUGAGUUGUGCUUUAUUUAAUUGUUUUAAAUAUGACCGAGGAACACUUGACUCAAUAGAUCAAAAUAGUGGCUCAUAUCUUCCGGCAGAUCAUAAUUUGUCACCACCUAUAUGUUUUUUGGCUUGUCCUGACCAAAUUAAUUCUGGAGAACUUCUUGAUACUCACAUGUCUGGCUAGAAAGAUAAUUUGAUUCUAUCACUUAUAACAUAUAAACAAAUAGUGUGCUUGACAUUUUCUCUGUGAACAUUUAAUUACGUUGUUUGUAGUGUAACUGAUUAAAAGGGACUUUGAUUAAUUUAGUUUUCCCUUUUCUUUUGCGUCAUCAUAAGCUAAUAUUCAAGGACUGAGAAACAGGCAGCUUGGCACCCUUGCUGCUGUGGUGUUGAACAUCCCUAAUGUACUGUUUUUGAUUCGUUUACAGCGUUUAUUCCAUAUACUCCAAUAAUUCGCUCCUUCAGUCCCGAUUACUUAUCAGAUACUCUUAGUGUGACCUGGAGAUGGGAUACUUCCAGUUGUGUUGAUGGUGUGCCAGUGAAAUGGGAGAUUCAGAUACUUCGUAGUGAAAACCUGAUCAUUGUGAAAACAGUAUGUAUUACAUUUUACAUUUCUUCUGAUGCAUGCAUGCUUCUAUCCUACAGUAGCCAUUCCUUAUCUGUCUCCAUCAUCAAAGUGUGCAUAGACAUCAAGGGCCUUUGCAACUCUUACUGAGGUAGACUACUCAAGGAAGGUCAUUUAAUCUUCUCAAAUGUGUGACCGCGUACCCCGGCACACACGGAGCCACCAUGAUAAUGUCCUAUUUUAAUUAUGUAAAUCUAAAUGAAAAAUGUUUUUCAAUAAAGCCUGUCUUAAAGUACUACUGAAGUCACCCAUACUACUUAAUCUCAAUGAUGCAGUGGUCAUGUCACUUUAGCUAUGCAAUCUCUUGAUUGUUGACACACAUACACUUACCUAUAAAAUACUGCGCUUUUGUAGAAACUGCAAUGUUUACAUUGAAGGGUUAAAUACAUCUCUAGUGAAUCUCUGUCUUGCAAUCAGAUGCUACUGAUAGCAUUAUUUGAUUGAAGGAGCUCUCCUCCUCCCCCCUGUGAAAAAAGAAGUUUAGUUUACAUACGUCUUUCCAGCACUGUGCGGGUCUCCUUUUGGUUGCCUCUGCCUCGAUUGAGAUAAUCAAUUUUGAUCCCAAAGAAAAGCAUUGGAAGGCUACCGCACAUGCACAGGAAAACGUCACAUUGCGCCAAUCAGCAUCUCUUCAUAGAGAUGCAUUGAAUCAAAAUUUUAUUUAUAUAUAUAUAUAUAUAUAUAUAUAUAUAUAUAUAUAUAUAUAUAUAUAUAUAUAUAUAUAUAUAUAUAUAUAUAUAUAUAUAUAUAAAUUUUAGAUAUAAAAUAUUUAACUAAUAUAAUUUAUAAAUAUAUACUUAGUUUUUUGGGGGGUUUUUGGGGACAAAUUUGUAUAUUUUGAUAUAUUCAUGUUUACAUUUUAGGAAGAGGUGAUUACAGAAUGCAGUCAGGGUAGCACUGAGUUCCAGUGGCAGUGGACCUCUGAUAUGUCUUUGGAAUGCACUUCACACUCUGUACGAAUCAGAUGUUAUGUUGAAGAGGAACAUUAUGAAGGAGACAAGGAGUGGAGUGAAUGGAGUGAUCUGCAAACCGUAUUUGGUAAAAAUAACUUUUGCUAUUUUCAAUUGAAUUUUUUUUUCUUGCUUUUUUCGAUUCAUACACAAAUUCAAUUUAAGGCGUAUGGUGAAUUGUACAUGCAAUAAUUUGAAAAUCUAUUAUAUCUAACAAAGUUAUAAGUAAGAGUCUCUAACAGAGAAGAAGGGGUUCACCAAUUGUAUAAUAUUACAGUAUAGAAGGAAAAAGAGCAGUUUGAAAUUUAGACAUAAACAUUAAUAUACAUUACAUAACUCAAAUCAAACGUCGUUCAGGGCAAUUUAUAAUUGGUUAAAUACUACUGUUCUAUAUAUAUUCUAUUUUGAAUGUAGAAUGGAUUUUGAUUAGAGUAUGAUACAUUUAUAGACUAUAAAUAAUAAUUAAACCCAAGUAAACUAGAUAAAGAAAAGCUGGAGACAUCAGUGGAGGGUAGUUAAAAGCGGCUCAGUCACUUAUCUCCUUUGGGGGAGGGGGGGAGAAGCCGCCAAGUCGUUAGUGGUGUUUAUGGACCAAACCGAACAGUGUUUAAUAAGUUAUUUUGAAAAUAGAAUUUAAGAGUUCGUAAAUGCUCUUGGGUUUUAUUAUCGAGGUCUGGGUCUAGAGUCUUGAUAGUCAAACCAUACCGAUCACAUUUUAUUAUAUUUUGUGUUAUUACUAUUAUUAAAGUAUAUACAUUUUCCAUUGUUCCCUGAUAAUUAAUUUAGGUUUUAAUUUCUUCUUAAUUUGGAGUUUCUUAAUUUUUCCAAAAUCUGGAUAUACAAAGUUUCGUGGCCAUCAGGACAUGGAUUGUCAAGUAGAGAGCCGACAUGGGCAGGUUGGGAAAGUCGAUCUGAAAAAGGAAGUUUUCAGGAGUAAGGCUAGGGAUGUCUAAUUUGAAUUACCGUAGCUAAAAAGCUGAAGGACAGCCCGCUUAAUGCCAAAUAGGGAAAUACAGUCCCACCAAAUAUGUUUUAAGGUGCCCAAAUCCUUUUUACAUCUCCAACAUAAGUUUGAAGAGGUUUUUUGAAACUUACAGAAUCUGGUCGGAACCAUACACUAUCUGUUAAGAAGUAUAAGGAAAAAUUUGUGUAAGUUUACGCAAUUAAUUGCUUUUCUAAAAAGUUCUAAAUAUUUUAACCAUGAGAGUAAUGAAAACGACUUUCCCAGGUCACUUUCCCAUUUUAAAAUCGUUUUUAUCUUUGUAAUCGGAAGAUUUCUAUUAAUAAUAUCUCUCAUUUUAGAAGUUUUCCUUGGCUGGGUCUCGUAAAGGAUUGUAUCCAAGGGAAAUUGAUCCAGUGUUUAAAUGUGACUUAAAAAGUUAGUCAACCUCAAAAAUGAAAAUAUUUCUCUGCUUGACAAUCCAUAUCUCAUUUGUAUCUCAGGAAAUGCCUCAAUCUUGAGAUAUAUAGAUCUCUUUCUCUCUUUCUCUUUCUCUUUCUCUUUCUCUUUCUCUUUCUCUUUCUCUUUCUCUUUCUCUCUCUCUCUCUCUCUCUCUCUCUCUCUCUCUCUCUCUCUCUCUCUCUCUCUCUCUCUCUCUCUCUCUCUUUUUCUCUCUCUCUCUCUUUCUCUCUUUCUCUCUUUCUCUCUUUCUCUCUCUCUCUUUCUCUCUCUCUCUUUCUCUCUCUCUCUCUUUCUCUCUCUUUUCUCUCUCUCUUUCUCUCUCUUUCUCUCUCUUUCUCUCUCUCUCUCUUUUCUUUUCUCUCUCUCUCUCUCUCUCUCUCUCUCUCUCUCUCUCUCUCUCUCUUUUUUUUUUCGCUGUCGUGAUUUUAAAUGUGAUUCUUGUUUUUUUUUUUGCCGUUCCAAACAAAAGAGCAAAAUAAUCUAUGAAAUUUAAAAUAGUCUAUGAAAUUUAAUCAAUAACCAACAAGUUAAAUUUAAAGAUUGGAUAGGAAAUUUUAAUGCUUCUAAUGGAGCGUAUAAAGAAAUGUUUUUUUUUUUUUAUCAGAUGAAUAGACCUAAAGAGCUGGUUUAUUAUUAAAUGAUCGAUGUGUACGUUUUUAAAAAAUUUUAAAUCAACCCAAAAUAAGUGGAGAGUGUAAAUGUCGCUGCAUAUUUUCUUAAAAAAUAUAUCAGGACUUUGUAGCGGAAUUUUUGUUGCCCUAUUCCAAAAAAUGGGUGAAAAUCACAGAAAAACAUUGGGAAAAGAUAGACCUCCUACUGCUAAUUUCGCUGUCAUGAUUUUAAAUGUGAUUCUUGUUUUUUUUUGUUUUUUUUCUAUUUGCUAAAAUCGGCAAGGGGUGGGGCCAAAUGCAGUUUUGGCCAAUUAGCAUCUCCUCUUAGAGAUGUGUUGAAUCAAUGCAUCUCUAUGAGGAAAAUUCAGCGUCCCCAUGCAGAGGGUGGAGAUGCUGAAUGGCAGUGCUGCCUACACUGCAGCAUUGAGCCAGGGAGCACCUCCAGUUGCCAUCUGAGGAGUGGCCACUUGGAGGUGUCCCUAGGGGCAAUGUAAACCCUGCAUUUUUGUCUGAAAAUGCCUGCAUACAAUCAGGGCUGUCUUUUAUGUUGAUUGAUCCUUGGCAAGCAUUUGCUUGGGCCCCUUGUACCCUGCCCCUGCUGGAUGGACAAGGCUGAUGGGAGUCUGAAUUCCUCAGUCCCUUUCCUCCUCCUGUGUAUGCCUCCUCCACCUCCCCAGCGGCAUUCUGUUACUUGGGAGGAAGUGAUAUCACUUCACUUCCUCCCAGCAGGCAACAUGAAAGGGGCACUCUUUUAGGGCUGAGGGCCCCCGAUUACAUUAUGUGCUGCAGUCCACAGGGUUUGGAUUCCCAGUAGGGAUCCCACUAUCAAUUUCUCUACCUUACAUGAUUUUUAAACCUAUUCCUAAAGUUAUGAGACUAUUUUUUUCAGAAUUAAAUUUGCAAAGUUGAUCUAAAAAUAAUAAGAAUCAGAGAUUGUGUUUAUAGGAUUCGGCUAACGAUUAAUCAAACUUCCCUACUUAGUCAAGAUAUCAUGUGUAAGAAAUACUCUGUGAGAGAGUGCCAUUACCAGUAAUUUUAUUUGUGCUUCAGCCUAAUCCUAGAACUAAAAGCUCCGUGCUGCAGUAAAAACACUCACACAAACCUUUUUCCUUGUGUCCAAUAUUUUUGUUCCUUUUUUUUAUAAUUUUUUUUAUAAAUGUUUUUUUUUUUUAGCUGCUUUUGAUUUUACUUUUAGAGUCCUUGUAGUUUAAAGGAUCACUAUAGGGUCAGGAACACAGACAUGUAUUCCUGACCCUAUAGUGAAAACCCACCAUUUAGGUGGCUUGCCCCAUCAGAAUGGGUUAAAACUCAUCUUAUUUUCAUCUCUCCACAGGUCAGCCGGCGCUGGCCCCGCCCCCUAGGUGAUAUCAUCAAAAUUGCAGAUUUUUUGCCAAUCCAAUGCUUUCUCAUGUGGAAACCAUUGGAUUGACUAAAAUCUGCAAGGGGGGGGCAGGGUCAAACAUUGUUUUGGCCAGUCAGGACCUCCUCAUAGAGAUGCAUUGAACCAAUGCAUCUCUAUGAGGAAAAUUCAGUGUCUCCAUGCAGAGCGUGGGGACGCUGAAUGGCAGUGCUGCCUACUGUGCAGCACUGAGCCAGGAAUCACCUCCAGUGGCCAUCUGAAAAGUGGCAACUUGGAGGUGUCCCUAUGGUCAAUGUAAACACUGCUUUUUCUCUGAAAGGGCAGUGUUUGCAUUAAAAUGACUGAAUGGAGCUAUUAUACUCCCCAGAACAAUUACAUUAAGCUGUAGUUGUUCUGGUCACUAUAGUGUCCCUUUAAGUGCAAUUAGAGAUUGACACCAUUUGUGAGGCUUUAAUUGGUGUAGAUCCUAUUUUGGCCCCUAAUCUUUUGAUGUCCUGAGUUCACUUAGAGCUAGUUUUCAGCACCCAUGUACUGAUUUCUCCAUACAAAAUAUGUCUACAUAUGUCAUACACAUAUUAGCAAUAUUCUAAAUAUGUAUACUUUCUGUCCACUGCCCUAGUUUACAAACUCAGAUGAACUACACUCUGUGGUAUCACUUUAUUCCAACAUUUUGCUGUCAGGCAUUAAUUAAUGCAUUGUGGGUUUAUUAGACUUGUACGCAUUCAGUUUAGUUGCCUCGUUUGCACUUUUUUUCCUUUUAAAAUGAGUUUAUUGUAAAGGUAAGACAUGAUUACAGAUAUUUGGUGACUGGUAUAUCACAAGUACAAAGCAUAGUACACAGUGUAUAGUAUGCUGGGCAUAAAUAUCAACCCCAGUUGAGAACCAGUAAUCUGGUAAUUAAAAUGCUAAAUAGAAUAUAAUGCUAAUUUGCAUCCUAGCCUAAAGUCCUAAUGGUAAAUAAUAUGUAUUUGUAAAUUAAUCCAGUAUUGCUGUGUCUUUUGUUACCAUUACACUUCUAAACCAGCAGUACACUACUAAAAAUGAUAGAAUAUGUGAAUAUCCCAAUCUUGGUGAGUUAGGUAGGCAGCCAUGCACUACCAGUCAGUUAGGUGACUUCUUUUCUUUGGUAUGUCAAUAAAGUGAUCUGUUUAUCCCACACAGGUAACCCUCAAGAAAACGCAUAUCCCCAAGAUAAAGUGGUUGCUGUUGGUUCAAACAUAACAUUUUGCUGCACUGUGAAUGGACUACAUAAUACUAUUCAGUUUCAAUCGACCGAAUUUCUACCAAUUCACAUCAGCAAGAACACCAGCUAUGUUCAGCUAAAGAAUCUUAACAUGUCAGGGGAUAGUGGGGACAACCUUGUAUGUAACACAAGCAAGGAGGAUGAGCCAUUCGGAUCUGUAAUCUUUGUCGGGUGUAAGUAUCUGUGAAAUCCAUAAUUUGAUAUUCUACUGGGCUAAUGUAUUCCCUUUAACAUGAUUUACUUUUCUGAGUUACUUGUGUUCAUGUAGAUUUUGUGAAACAAAGGCUAACAACUUCUGCCAUUCUUGAUAACAAGCAAUUCAUUACAGAUGUCUGGAAGAACAAAUAACAAAGUGGUAAUACAAAAUUGCAAAAACAGUGCAGAAAGAACUUUUCUGUCAAUUUGGUUCUUAAUCCGCCGUAGAUACUGAUUAGCCAUGAUGGGUGAAGUGAAUAACAUUGAUUAUAUUGUUACAAUGACACCUGUGGGAUAUAUUAGGCAGCAAGUGAACUAUCAGUUCUUGAAUUUCAGCAGGAAAAAUGGGCCCUUAUCAAAGUCACUUAGAUCUUUUUGCUUGCCUAAUAUAGAUAUCCAGAGUAUUAAAUAUGACACAAUGCAACAAACCGCUGUAUCAAUAAAUUUUAAAUCUUGUACUGGGGCUGAUGUGUCAAAGUUCUUUUUUUCGUGGAAUUCAGACGUGUAAAUUGGUCCCAAGAGAGGGGUAGCUUGGAGAAACGUUUACUUAAAGGAACACUAUAGUCACCAGAACAACUACAGCUUAAUGUAGUUGUUCUGGUGAGUAUAAUUAUUGCCUUUAGGCAUUUUUAUGCAAACACUGCCUUUCCAGAGAAAAGGCAGUGUUUACAUUACCCCUAGGCACACCUCCAAGUGGCCACUCCUCAGAUGGCCAAUGGAAGUGCUUCCUGGCUCAGUGGUGCACAGUAGGCAGCACUGCCAUUCAGCGUCUCCACGCACUGCAUGGGGACACUGAAUUUUCCUCAUAGAAAUGCAUUGAAUCAAUGCAUCUCUAUGAGGAGGUGCUGAUUGGCCAAAAUGGUGUUCGAUCCCGCCCCCUUUCCGAUUUUAGCCAAUCCAAUGCUUUCCCUAUGGCAAUUCUGAUGAUGUAAUCAAGGAGGCGGAUUGGGGACGGGGUCAGCACCGACCCGCGCGGCAUGGGAAAUAAGGUGAGUUUUCACCUUUUUCUAAGGGGACUGAGUGGGAGCAAGCCACCCAAAUGUUGGGUUUAGCACAUGUUUGUGUUCCUGACCCUAUAGUGUUACUUUUAAGAAUGAAAUGUUCUGGAUACUUACUCUACAGACGAGAUUCCCACUAUGCCUUAAUGUGGAAUGGGACACAAAUGAUAUCUUUAGGCACUAGAUCAUUUGGAGUUUUGUCCCAUUGUAUCCUGCUUUUCUGCAUCCAUGUGCUAUAGUUUAAGCUUUUAGAUUGAGGUAUAUAUCAUCGUUCAAGAUUUAACGUUUUUCCUAGUUCAUCAUUGGGCUAUCAUAUGUAUUAUAGAAUAUCUCAUUUUCUAUCCUAAUGGUUGAAUGCCUAUUUUAUAUAAAUUAAUGUGAUUUGUCAUAACCGUUAUGGACAAUUGAUAUGGAACACUAUAGUACCUUGUUGUUUGAAUCUCCUCCACCUUCAACCAUCUCUUAACAUUAAUUAUAUAUCUCAUAUGUCUCUUUUUUGUUUUUAAGUUUGCUUACGUUCACUAAAUGGUUAACACUUUGGUUGUUUUAUAAAAGUUUUCCCAUAGUCAAUUCUGGAGGUUUUAAAACUAAGAUGGUGAGACAUACACAUAUCUAUUGGCAAUUUUUGCUCUAUUAACUGAAAUAGAUUUUUAAAAUGCCCAUGUAAAGACCCCGCUGUAAACAGUUUGCCAAUUUUUUCCUCUUUAACACUCUACGUUUUAAAUAUUGAGUUUCCAUCUCUACAAUGGAAGCAUUCUUGCGCUUCUCUGCUCUCCAUUUGUUUUUCUGGGGUUAUCAAAUCUAGCAAUUUAAAAUUAUUCUAUGUAUUUGGGAGUCAUUAUAUCAUACUUCAUUAUUUUAUUAUUUCAACGAUAUGAGGGAAUUCAUUUAUUCCAUGGAGUAAGGAACUACCUAAGUAGGAAAUAAAGUAUUAUCAAUUUGGAUGUUUAUUGUUGUAUUCUCCUUUGUUUUGAUUAAUCAUUUCAAAAUGAAAUUUAUAUAUUAUCCACACUUGUCCUUUAACUAUUUCCAAGCAUUGCUUUAGGUCAGCGGUGGUGUUCUGCUAAUUAGUAUAGAUCUUCCAUCUAUACAUUCGGGCAUUUUAGAAAAGAUGGGGCUAGGAUUAAUUUAUUGGGUAUAUAUAUUUAGUAAGUCUACCGUAGUUUCCUCACACCCAUGUCUAGAUUCAGGUGUGGGUGAUUUGUAUUAUAUGGAGCCUCAUUUUGAAUGGACUCUCCCUAUAUAUCUCCAAAAUUUCACUCAUGUUGAGAAAGCACCAGGGGGGUGCGAAACGCAUCCAGGGUACUCACGCUUACCUUUUUGUGGGUGGCAGUGUAGGUGGUCAUCCUUAUGUCUGGCAGCAGCAGGUAUCACAACUAUUCAAUAUUUCAUUCAUUACAUGUUCCUAUUAUUUUGCAAGUGUAUGGUCCUUGCCUGGAUAUAUGUAUCUCCAUCUUGUGAUUAUUAUAUGCUGUUUGCAUUAUUCAUUAUUCCUGCUCUUAUAUUCCUGCUUUUUGGAGUGCUGCCAUGACUAUUUUCUGCCAUACAUCGCUGCAAUUUUUAUAUCAAUAAAUGUGCUUUUUUUCAUUAUUUCUGUGUAUUUUUCUGUGAAUCAUAAGCGUUUACUCCUGAGUGCGGACUGCAUUUUAAAAAAAUUUUUUUUUUUUUUUUUUUUAGCGCAACACAAAUUUUUUGUAUUUAUUUUUUGUAAUUCUUUAUCAUAACAGCAGAUGUGUGGUGCCCCACUAGCAUUCCUCACGCUGAUCAUCAACAUUUUUAACAAUGGGGUUUUUAUAAAUUCGUGCACAUUUUUUGUUAUUUAUGUCGAGAUUGUCCACGUUUACACAUUACACUGAGUAUACAAUUAAAGUGUGGUCCUAGUUUAGCUGAGCAGGUCUAACAAAAUCUUGGUGGCACAAUGUGUUAUAAACUUUAUGGAGCAUUCAAUCUAGGCACUGGCUUAACUAGCUGAUCUAGGAUCUUAGAUAAAAUGUAACAUGGCUAACUAUGGUAUAAAACAUUCAAAGACCCUGACUAGGCUCAGGGAAAGCAUUGAAAAGUAGUUAACAGUUGACUGAUGAUUAGUAUAGUAGUACCUAGUUGGAGUAAUACUUAUGAAAGUUAAACUAUGUGUACACAGCUAGGGGGCGUCAUACAGCAGUUAACAUUGCUAAUUGUGCAUAGGAAAAUCACAGCUGUCUUACAAUGCCAUAACAGCUAGGAAAGGCAUUUUUCAUGCGGUGUCCGCCAUGAUGUGUCCCUUCGGUUCGAUACCAGUAAGUCGAUUUUGGUACCCUAGACUUGGGUUGCUGGGGAAACCGUCGGCUAUGUAGGCCACAGUCGGUGGAGGGGUUGGCCGCUUCCUUUGUACCAUCAGUGUAGGCCGCAUACAGGCCUCCAAUCAAUCCCCUGGCUGCAAAUGCUUUUGGUCAGUGACCCUCUCAUGCCUUGCUGUGGCGGUAUGUUUCUGACUCUUGGGCUCAGAAGCGGGCACGGAGAAGGUGAUUUACUGGUUUGUUUGUUUUUUGUCCGUUUUUUUGUCCUCCUUUGCCCCGGAGCUCAUCUAGUGGGCGACUGCUCAGCUUGGUCGCUAAGCUCCACCCCCCUGCAUUUUGUUUUGUGUUACUUACGCCAUAUGUGGGAUAGCCCAGCACCAGAAUUAGCCAUAUCAAGACCUUGAUUUCAGGAUUAUUUCACCUGACACCUAAGACAUUUUAACUUGGAGUUGCGGUAUUGUCUGUGGGUUCAUACCACACCCACAUAUUUUUUGUUAUAUUGUGUGGUUUUAAAGGACCACUAUAGGCACCCAGACCACUUCAGCUUAAUCAAGUGGUCUGGGUGCCUGGUCCAGCUAGGUUUAACCCUUUUUGCUUUAAACUGCUAUGUUUACCUAUGGGUUAUUGACAGCCGCUAGAGGAGCUUCCGCGCUUCUCACUGUGAUUUUCACAGUUAGAAGACGCCAGCGUCCAUAGGAAAGCAUUGAGAAUGCUUUCCUAUGGACUGGCUGAAUGCGCGCGCGGCUCUUGCCGCGCAUGCGCAUUCAGCCAGGGUUGUCAGAAGAGGGAGGAGAGUCCCAGCACCGAGGGAGCCCAGUGCUGGAAAAAAUGUAAGGGAUAAACCCCUUCCUCCCCCUUCAGCGCCACGGGAGUGGGACACUGAGGGUGGGGGCACCCUCAGGGCACUAUAGUGCCAGGCAAACGAGUUUGUUUUCCUGGCACUAUAGUGGUCCUUUAAUAGUGUGACUGAUUAGUGUAGGUUUAGCCCGGCUACUAUAUAAAUGAUGUAGGUUCAUUUAAUGGAACAAAAGACAUCCUAAGGGGGGACUCAACCACAAAACAAGCUAUUUAGCUUUUGUCUAUUCUUAGUGGCUUGCUUACAAGAUACUGUCAUAUCUAUACUAUCAAAUAAAUCAGCAGUCUUCUCAAACCAGAUUAGUCUGUUUUUGUGUCUCUGAUGAACCCUAAUGGACCUGUGCAGGAAAAACAGCCUAAAGGUUUGCUAAAAAGCUAUUUUGGUUCCACAGUCGCUGUUUUUGGUUCCAAAAGUCACUCAUUCUUUUGAAGACAUACUCUGAAGUAAUUAACUACAGGUGAAUAGCAAAAACAUUUGGCAAUUCUAUAUUUUUGGUUUAUUUACAGAUCCUCCAGACAUACCUCAGAACUUCAGCUGUGAAACUCAUGACCUUAAAGAGAUUAAAUGUACAUGGGGUUGUGGAAGAGAAACUGGGUUGAUGGGAGAACGUUCAACACGAUACACGUUAUAUGAAAGGUAAUUGUUUAAUAGAUAGUCACCUUAUUCUGACACAUUUUAAUGAUCCAAUAUUGCACUAAAUGCUCUGGAACCUAGGUACAAUUGGGCAUUUGUCAAUGAUAAAUAUUUUGGGCAUUUCGGCAUUACUUUAAAUAUCUUAAUAUUGUAUGUGUAGUGUGAUUUUAUUUUAUUUUUUAAGUUCUUCUUCCCUGCAUUCUUGCUUGGAUUGAUAUGUAGUCUUGGAAUCUAUCAAUCAAUCAAUCAAGGAAUGAAAUGUGAAAUUAUUUAUAGAUCUAGUUCUUCUAGCCAGUUGUUAAAAUUUCAUUUUUUAAUUAGUUGCUAGCAAAUUCGUAAUAUCUAUAAUAAAACACUGCAUCUCUGGUCGACUGCUCUUUCGGCCUCACUGCUGAUGCGGAAAAGGCGUUUGAUCAUGUGGACUGGUGAUUCAUGCUAGCAAUGAUCUGCCACAUGGAAUUUGGGGUAUGGUUAUGCAUGUGGGUCUCCCCCUUUAUAACGUACUUCUUACCUGUAGCCAGACUAAUAGAGAUGGGGACUUUCAUGUAUAGUACAGAUUUUCAAUGGGUCCAGGCAGUGAAUGCCCCCUUUUGACCAUUCUUUUUUUGUUCACUGGAACUUUUCCUUGAAGAUUUAGGCUAGAAAAAGGGGUAUAUUGGGUUUCCUGGGUCAUAAGGUUUACAAAAGCUAGUUUCCUAUGUGAAUGAUAUGCUCCUCUUUGUCGCUUAACCCCAUGUGACCCUAGUUAAAAAGUUCAAACUGUACAGAUAGAUCUCAAAAAUGAAAUCUGCAUGGUUUUAACUUAAGUCCAAAUAGUCGCGUACCAAACUGGGCAAAACUAUUUGCUGCCGUUCUGAGUGUACAAUCCGGACAUUGUUCACAGUAUUUUACAAUGUAUGGAUUUUAAAGUUCAGAACUCCAAAUGAACGUGAAUUUGGUCUAAAGUUCAGCCGAGGGGAAUGUCAGACUUCUGAAAUCCAGACCAAAUUAUUUAAAUCCAAGCCCAGAUAUUUAAAGAAGAAAAAAUCCAAACUUUAGUUCAAUAACCCUCGGAUGAAAAACUACAAAAACUAACAAUAUAAAAUUAAUCCAUAUUUGCUCCGUGGGGGCUCCCCACACACUGAGAUCUGAUAGGGGGGAAGCCCUUAUAUAGGCUUUCCCAUGCUAUGACAGCUAUUGACAAAGUAAAUGUGCAUCCUGUUGCAUGCAUUCUGUCCAAAUUUUAUAAAACCAGUGCAUUGUGAAUGUUCUGAAUCCUUAGUACAGGAUCUAGAUGCGAAAGCCCUGAUUUUUAAUCCAGAAACCGAAUGUAUCCUGGCACUUGCUGCAGGUUUGAAUUAACAAAUUCACACCGUAUUUGGCUUUAGUAAAUAUAAGUAUUGCAAUUGAGGUUGGAAUUCGACAAAAUCUGGUGUUACGUGAAUAACUUGGUAAAUGUGGGCAAUGCCUGAUUCUGGAUAUCUCCAUUAUGGGACCUACAGUCAAGAAACUGAUAAUGCUAUUUACCCUUCUUUUGGUGUAUGGAAAACUUAAAUACUAAGGAUUAAGUCUCUGUUACACAAUUAAACACCCAUUUCAACUCACUACUACUCUGAAUCCAUUACUGCCCUUGAUCUAAAACCUGCGAUUUAUAAGAAGAUCACAGUCCGGUUGUUUUUAGGCAUAGGGGACAGUACAUCUUUGAUUCAAAUUUCAUAAUCUAUGUAAUAAUCGCAUAUAUUUGUCUUUUUCAAAGUAUAUAUUUUUUCACAAUAUAUCUACUUUAGAGCAUUUUAGAACAUUCAUUGAUUGUGUAUAUAAUUAUGUAUGUAAUUGAUAACCACUGAGCUAUUAUUUAAUUAUUAUUUUUGCAGCCACUCCGGAAUAAACAUAUCCUGUAAUGAAGACAGCUGUAUCUUUAAAAUAUUAAAAGGUCAAAACUUGUAUAACUUUACCGUCAGAGGAAUUAAUGUCUUGGGCCAAUCAGAAGCCUUUCUUACAAUCAAUGCAACUGAAAGAGGUACCUUGAUUAAAUAUUUAGAAUUUUGGUUUGAUAUACCUCAUAUGUGAAAUAAUUUCCAUUACACUCACACUCCUCUUUAAUAAUUGUAUCAAUGACAAUAUAUUAGCUGGAGAAUUUGGAAAAAUAGUUAAAUAGCUUUAUUGCUGUACCCUGACAAUUCUUUCAUGCUUUCCCCUUUGAAUAUAUACCAAGUCUUUAUUGGCUAUGUGACAAGGACAGACAGAGCAGUUUGUGACUUGGAUUUAAAUUGACCGGUUUAUACUUGGGCCAUGGUGGAUAAAAAAAACAAAAACAAAUGAGCAGAACUAAUUUCUUAUCAAGUCAUGCAAAAACUUGGAAUUAAUAUAAUGAGUCAAAUAUUAUUGCUUUACCUCUCCUACUUUUAUUUAAAAAAAUUUGGGUUAAAUAUUUUUGACAAUAAUUGGGCAUGUACAAUCUUUUUACCGACAAUUUUAAUAUAGCAUUUUCCAGUUCAUCCAUGAAAAGUAGAAAAAUCUGUGUAUCACAUCUGGUUAAACAGUUUAUAAAUAAAUAAGAUAAAUAUUGCUCCUAUAUGUGCAAACUGUGUAUUUAAAAACAAAAAAAAGGAAGUGUUUGUGAGUAUAUAUGUGUGUGUGUGUAUGCAAUUUUCUAAUUUAUUUUCUUUUCAAACGCAUGCAGUUCAUCUUUUGCCUCCCGGAACACUGUCCACUGGUAAAAAUGACCCUACACAAGUAUUUCUAUCUUGGCAACUAACUGGGAGCCUGACUUCAUUACAACUCCAAUGUCAAAUUGAAACUAGUGACAGCAAAGGAACACAAAUGGUAAUAAAAAUGUGGAUAUUUUUUUUCACUGUAGUUUUAACUUUGAGUGGGUUUAGCUAGCCAUAAAAAUAGAUUGAAAAUAUAACAACCUUGUUUCUGCAUUUUUAUUUGGUACACUAUAAGCAUUGGCCUAUUAUUUUGACCGAUACAUUUCUGAAGAGCAUGCUCAUUUCAAUGUGCAGCUGGGGGUUCAGUCAGGGCCGGAUUUGCAUGUUGGGUGUCUGUGGACACAAAUUUCUAAGGUGCUCUCUGCUCUCAAACCCCAAAAUAAGGCAGAUAAAGUGUAAUGAAUUUAUGAGCUGGACAUUUCAGAUUUAAAAAAAAAAAGGUGCAUGCAGCUGUGUAUAUGCUUGCAGGGUCAGUCAUAAUGUUAGAAGUGGUUAGGGUAAAGUGGUGUUAAAGUUAGAGAGGGGCUUAUGUCAGAUUUAGAUUUACAUGGGGUAUUGAAUAACUUGAAACAUUAAAGUUAAUGUAGCUUAAAGGCUGUUUAGGACUAAUUAGUUUAAGGUUAAAGUGGAUGUACACUUAGUAUUGGGUUGGUGUGGUAUUUAGUUUUUAAGAGGAGUUAAAGGGUUACUCUAACAGUUUUUGUGUUAAUUAUAAUAAUGCCCUAUUGGCAUUACUCUGUUUAUUACCCCCCCCAAAAAAAAAAAUGCUCAAAGAGCAUUUUAAACGUAAGUUUUAAGUUUUACAUACCUUAAUCUAACGCCGGGCGAUGUUCCCCGGGACCCCCACAUCUGGCGUCAUGGGACCUGCGCCGAUGUCCAAUCAAAGGCUUCUCAUGGAGAAACCUUUGAUUGAUGAAUUUAAUAAUCUCAGAGCACAUGCAUGUGCUCUGAGACUGCAAAUGGAGGGGGGAAAGGAGAAAGAGAGGGUGUGAAAGAAGGAAGGGCAGGGAGAUUUAAAAAUUAAAUAACGGAAAAGAUUGGGAGCGGAGAGGAUUUCCCUCCAUGUGGUAGGGAAGGGGACAAGAGCUUCUCCUUUGCAACCUCUGCCUGCAAGGAAGAAGCUGUUACAUCUUUCGGCAACGUGCAGUGCGCAUUGACGACCAAUGUAUAAUUGACAUUAGGCAGCACAGAACAAAGUUUUCGGCUGCCUGUCUGUCACAUGUGCUGAAGUGGAACUUACCAACAGCACCCAAUUGAACUCUCUGUUUGAAACACUGCACAUCCAGACUUCUACUACUAUGACCACUUUGAAACGGAGAAGUGGUAAUGGUGGUUGGAAUAACCCUUUAAACAUAGGAUUAAAGUAAAGCGUUUAUUUUCAGAUUUAGGCUUUGAGUUCUGGAGUUUGAAGGGUUAUUAGCACUCACCCUCACCCUUCUAUGUCUUCUGUAGUCCAGUCAUUUUGAUAUUAUAGCUUCAUGGUUUUACAGUGUGCAUCACUGAGAGCUUUCUCUGCUCCUCCUGCAAGGCAUUUCCUGGCUAAGAGGUUACUAGUGGGCAGAUGGGAAGUCAUCCAUCCCAUUUUUUGUCCAGCCCCACACUCAGACACUGAAGUAGCUGGGACAGCACUGAGUUUUACACCCUCUAUAACUGUUCCUGCAGCUCUGUUAUAAAGGCUGACUGGACUGUAGAGGACCCUGACCGAGGUUAUUACUGCUUCCCUCUCCCUACUAUUAAAUUUAAACUCAAAAAAACAAAAACAUUACAAGUGCGAAACCAGGUGCUACUGUGCCUGUGAAAUCCGAACCAGUGAUUAACCACACCCCCGUGUGUGUGUGUGUGUGUGUGUGUGUGUGAUAUAGAUAUAUAGAUAUAUAUAUAUAUAUAUAUAUAUACACGCACUCUCCUAUCCACUAAACAGCAACUUCAAUGUUGACAGAUUUUAUUAGUGUUUUUUUUUGUUUUGUUUUUUAAAACACCUAAUCUAGGCAAAAAUAAUAGGGUUUUAGUUACAUUGCAUAAGCCUGCCACCACAUCAAUGUACCCCAUCUUUGGCAGGUCCUACUCUAACAGCCUAAUGUCUGCUCUUAUGAGAAUAACCCACUUACUUGGGGAAAAAAUUCCAUCUGGGGCUCUCUGCAGUACAAGGCUAAUUAGGGAAAUAGGGCCCUGUGGUGAGGCACCUGUGACAGGGAGGGGUGCAAAACCAAAGAGAUAUAUAUAUAUAUCUCCCAGGCCCCAGCCCUCGAUGCUCCCGGUCUUUUGAGUGCUCUGGUGCAGUCUCCAGCUAAAUAUAUAUUCCAAAUAGAGAGCACUCUGGAGUCUUUUGUAGUAAAAUUUUACUGUUGCAUUAUUAAGCAAUUACAAUGAUAUACAUAAGAUGUCGAUGUUUCAGUCCAUUCAGACUUUUAUCACGACAAUUAAUAUAUAUAUUCCAAAUAGAGAGAAUGUUUUUUUAUUUUAUUUACAUUUUUUAAAUUCAUCCUUGAAACACUAUUUAUGCUCCAUAAUAGUACAAGAACUAGUGGGUGACAUAUUCAGUCUGCAUUACAUCGGCAAGAACAUCACUUUGGGAUUACAGAUGGUUUGGUAAAGACAAUUCCUUUCCAUCAAUACACUAGGCAAGUGUGGGAUCAAAAUCGGAGAGAAAGAUUUAGAAAAGAGUGUGGUGGUUAACAAUUAUGUCAUGUGCACACAUGCGGCAUAAUGAACUAAUAAUUUCUAUGUAUUCAGUCAUUUGAACAAUCUCUGUUGUGUAGUACAUAAUUGUGUUUCUUAGUACCAAAUUAAAUCAUCUACACAUUGUUUGAUACAAACCAUGCAGAGACAAUAAUGUUUUGCAGAUGUUCUGCAUACUAAAUCAAGCAAAAGAAACCUUGUGUUGAGAAAAGAUCCAUAUUUACAUUCUAUUGAAAAAUUCAUGGUGUUAAACAUGGUGUUUUAUUACACUCUUAUUCAUCUUCUUGCUUUGACAGCUUACUGUCACCUUUUCUGGACUAGAUGAUGGAUAUUACAACUACUCUGUCACCAAUUUGCAUCCGUAUCACCGGUAUGAUUUCCGUGUAAGAUGUGCAGCUUUCAAUUCUUUCUGGAAGUGGAGUGACUGGAGCGUUAGGAAAAAGCACCAUACAUCGGCAGCAGGUAGUUUGUUUAUUUAUUUAUAUAUUUCCUCCCCAUAGAGUUCAUUGAAAAGAUCAAUCUUCAAAAUAAGAAUAAAGGUGAUUCUUUGUUGAACUAAUUUACAUAUGUCCACCCAAAAUCCCUUGCAGUAGUAACAUCACUGCAAAUUUGAGAUUUCUAUGGGAAAAGCAAGUCUUAUGGCUUGACUGGUGUGUGCAGAUAUGUGUUUGACAAUGUAUUGUCUAUCCACUGACUUCAGGUGGAAGGGGUUUUCAAUCACUUUUUUCCCCCACCAUAACUUUUUGUUUUGUGCUCUGUAAGAGUAAACAUUCUAUGCAUGCCAAAAAUAAUUGUGCUCUCCUUUAUUGAAAGAAUGGAAAGUUCAAGACUCUUUUCACUGCUCAAAUGACCAGUGAAUAUUUGUUUAUUAAAUAGGGUAAGAGCAACCAAUGACAACUUAUUUGACAGAGAAAUGAGAAAACACAUGUCCGUAGAUAAAUUAAUUUGAAUGCUGAUAUGCAUCACUAAAGGUGGGGGUUUUGGAAUUUUAUUUAAGGACCGGAAAGGGGAAAUAGUAAGUUGUAUAAGAAUUACUCACGCAUAUAAGAUAGAACGUGCAAAUCAGCAAUGAUAUUAAUGAAAGUUAGAAUUCUAAAUUAAUAUCACUUUUUUAAGGCCAAGGUAGCUGAACUGCCAGCAUAGCUGACAUGAAGAAUUUUUCCAAUUCAGCUAUUUUGACCAUACAUAUGAAAUUCACUUUGAAUUAUCACUUUAGUGAGUAACCCUGUAGAUCUUUAUUUGUCAUGUAUGGAUAUCUGGUUAUCACAAUAAUAAAUUUGCUGCAGAAACUACUAUUUUUUUUAUUUAUUUUUUAUUUCUCAAUAUAAAAUAUUUUUUUUUUGUUCUCUUAAAGGCAGUUGUUUAAUGAUAUUUUUGUUUUCAUAUAUGAAUAGUUUGCUUAUCUUCACUUUCCUUUGUUACAGUUUUGCGCUUUCAAAAUUAGUUGUUUAUUUUUUUGGAGGGAGGAGGGGAAUUUCCUACAAUAUUUAAUUUCUUUUCUUGCAUUUUUAAACGUAGUGUUACGCAACUGAAAGUCUUUUCAGCUUUCACCCUAGGAUGUUUCCUGAACACAAUAGUAUUUUUAUUUGUCUUUUCAGCCCCUUCUAGAAAGCUCACUGUUUGGAGAGAAAUCACAGGGGCUUCUGGAAACCGAACAAUAAUGGUCUACUGGAAGGUUAGUAAUUUUUUUAAUUUAUUUUUAAUCUAAAUAUUUUAUUUUAUUUUAUUUAUUUAUUUUUUAACCAUUAUUCUUAUUGAUUCAUUCUGGGGAAAGGUUUCCUUUGUUAAACAUCGAUGUACUAUAAUGGCAUAAAUGUGGUCAAAAAGACAGGAAGGGCAGGGCCAGGAAGCCAAUGGAGCUAAACGUGUGAGAGUGCAGCUCCAAGAUGGCACACUCCCAUACCGUGAUUCCACAGCUAAGAAGCCAAACAUACUAUAUUCUCUCCUUGGUAUACUUGUCCAGCAAGCUGAAAUGUCCUUGAAAGACUAGACAGAGGUUCUCCGCUGCAAAUAGGGUGUCUCUCCCCCUGUUCAAAAUGGAGGCUUGAAAGCAGAAUCACUAGACUCUGACUUUGAGUAUAGUGAGAGCACUUCUCUAUCACCCUAUCCCCUGUACCCAGCAAUGGAUGGGUCUAUGCAGAGACUAUUUGCUAAUUUCAAGACAACACUGCAUGCUGACUUCAAAACGCUAUCAGUUGACAUCAAAAUAGACUUCCAAUCUAUUGCUGAGUGGACACAACACCUAGAGGAGAAGGUGGAUCAAAGCAAAACCAUGGCUGGGAUCUGUUGAGGCUUUAAAUGCUGAAGUGAAUGGUUUCUGUGUAUGCUCUAAAUUCUGAGCAGGUAACCUUUAGUUUCAAUAAAAAAAAAAUAAAAAAAAUCUUAUUGUUGGGAAAUCAGUUAUGAUAUGCUUUCAAUUGUUCCAUAUCUUUGCUUAACAUUGGCAAAUUGCUGGCCAAUAGACUAUCUCCGGUACUAUCCACGAUGACCAGUCAAGCUUUAUAAAGGGUUCAGAUAAUUCUAGACAUCUCUUUAAUGUUAUCAGUCACCUAAACUCUACUGAUUCCAACUGUCUUUUGCUAGCAUUAGAUGUGGAAAAGGCCUUUCAUAGGCUACACUGAGGAUACAUGCGUUUUGGUUUUAGAAAAAUUUGGACUACCAUCAGCAUUUAUCAUAUGGAUUUUGACUCUUUACGCCCACCCAUCAGCCUUUGGGAUAACUAAUGGGAACUGAAAAGGGUGACCACUAUCCCUGUUGCUGUUAUUUCUCCAUGGAACCCUUGGCUCAAAAUAAUCCAACAACAUCCAGACAAUCAUGAGCUUACUAUCAAGCGCAUAAACUCUCUUUAUUUGUGGACAGCAUUUUAUUAACCAUAUUCCAACCAAUGAUUUAUAUACCAAAUCUACUAGCUGAAUUGUGAGCAUAUGGCUUCUUCUCUUAUUAUGAAUUUAACACUACCAGGACCCAAGUUUUACCCAACAGUAUGUCAACAUGCAAGUUAAGUAGUGGAAGCUGUCUUUGCUUUUGAGUGGUCUAUUUGAGGGUGCAACUCACCAAAACCAUUUCCAUCACACAUAGACACAAUCACAUCCCACUGCUUAGGAAACGUAAGCAAGAGGUUCUAUCUUGGAAGGACAUAAAAUUGUCCUGGGCAGGUCGCAUAAAUGUGAUUAAAAUAACUCUACACUACAGAAACUGGUAUGUCUUCAGAAUGCUCUACAUCUCCAUACCCACAACAUACUUCAACGGUUCAGUUUGCUUUUAUCUGGAAUCUGCUUGGAUUACUUAUAUUCUUUUGUUGCAUUGUCAUCUGUAAGUAUCAGCCAUAUUCCCUUAUAGUGAUAAUAAAGGAAUAUGGUUACAUUUUAGUAAUUUAUUAAAUUAAAAAAACGAGUCAAUGUCUACAUCAGUCUUCACCAGCUAUAUUGCUUCCAGCAUGAGGAUCUAACUCACUCAUCUGAAGUUGAAUAGCUUUCAUAUCUGUCUUUACUAUGUCAAUGAAAUUAAAUCCAUCUGUUUACAGCACCACAAAGUUGUGGAAUCCACGGUAAUGUAACAACCAUGAAACUCAAUGGGGCUUAGUAACUUAUAAACUAGUUGCUUUGUUUAUUGUCCCUAAGAUUCAGUUGCUUGUAUUGAAAGCUUUUCUGCUGGGAUUAAUGUGCACGUUUGACUUAUACAGAGGAGCUGAACAUUUCUUGUUUGUACAAGAAGAAGAUUGUAUUAAAGUUGGUGACAGGUUUUUGAAUGGAGGCAGAGGAUUAAGCAAUGCUAAAAUCGUAGUUAAAAAAAACCAAAAACACUGGUCUACAGGUUCUGAACUAAUGGAAGAUUAAACAGACAAAAAAAAUGCAUUGCACACACCACAUAGUUACUAAAGUUUAAUAUCUUUAACAGUUGCAUCACUGUGUAUACAAAACUCAAUAUUGCCAUAGAACGUGUGAGGAAAGCCAUUCUAAUAGCCAAGAUAUCUGAUGCCACUAAAAAUUCAGGCUUAACAGAAAUCCUAUGGAACAUCAAAAUCAUCUGAGCUAUUGAUCUAAAUGAUGCUGUGUUAUAUUAAUCUGUAUACAUUUGAAGAGGCAACCCGACUUCUACAGUACAUAAUAUUAGUAACUAAUAUUCAUACAUUAAGGACAGCACUAGCAGCACUAUUGAAUUACUAGAACUGAGACAGUGCUUUAGAAACAACCUAUGUUAUGCAUUUUCUUCUAAAUUAUUGUUUUGUAUUUUCCUUUCUCAGUUUUUGUGUAAUUUAGGUAAUUUUUUUUUCCCAUCUCUGUUCCAAACUUAACACCCUUCUUGAAUAGCAUACAAAUUAUAUUUGUGGUGUAUAUUAAGGACACUUUUUCCUACCCGCAUAUUUGCCCACGACUAUCAUUGUUAUUUCAUUAAGUUUAGUGGAUAUAUAUAUAUAGUGAAGUUUUAUACAAUUAUAAUGUUUUCAUCAAUUUAAUAUUAAUAGUUGUUUCUAUUCCUUUAAAGCCCUUUUCUAUCACCGAAGCUAAUGGACCAGUACAUUACUAUGAAGUGUCUUGGAAACCUCUUAAAGGCAACAUAAAACCGAAAUCUGCCCGUGUGUCUUCAAAUCACAGUAAUAAGCAGAUAAUUCUUAACAACGAUAAAGAAGAUUAUGAAAUUAGUGUGGUAGCUAAUAAUUCAGCUGGAUCAUCUCCUCCAUCAAGAAUAACAACUGUACAGCUGCCAAAUGGUAAACUCAUUUGUAAAGAAAUAAUCCUGUUAUGAAGAGCAUGUAAAGUUCUGUAACUUUGAAAUGUACUUUUCUACCUCCAGGAGUGUAAACUGCAAAUGGAAAUGUCAACAUAGUUUUGGAGGCGCUUAAGAUAUUGACUUAAUGAGACAACUAUUGAUAGAACCAUUCUACUUGACCAAUGAAGCCAAGCUUCAGUCUGCAGAGGCACAUAUUUAAUUAAUAGUGGAGCAAACAUAAAUAAAUGAAAUAAAUCAUUUCAUUCUGGUGCAAUAUUCAGUCACUGAGGAACAGGUUUGUCUAACAUCAUUUGAGACUAAUCCUGUACUAAAAAUGACUGAACAGUUAUAUAGUUAUAAAGGCUGAAAAGAGACAUGAGUACAUCAAGUUCAACCUUCUUCAUAUUUGUCUUUGUUGUUGAUCCUAAAGAUGGCAAAAAAAAAAAAAAAGAAGCACUUCCAAUGUUGUUUGUUUAAGACCUUAAAAAUGUCUGCCCCAUCUGAAGCAAAUAUAAACCGGGAUAUAAUCUACCAAGUAUAUGGGGAACCAGCUUACAAUAAGACAUACCAUGGUGUAAAACAGUAAAUUAAAAAGUAUGCACUUGAUGAAGUGGAAACUCACAAGAUGUUAGACAAGCAUUCAGGGUUCAUCUCCCUAACUAAUGGGGGCCAAAAGCUCCUCCCAGCACUCCUUUUAGUGCAUGAUAAUGUGAUAGGAGGAAAGAUAGGAAUUUCAGCGGGAUACACGGUAGAAAAGGGACUUUUUAAAAAUAAAUAAGAGCAAAAACGUGUGGUCCUACGUGUUUCCUCCCAAAAAGGUAAUUCCUCAGGGACCAAUAUUUAAAAUCUGCAUUAAAAAUGUACUGGAAAAAAAUUUUUUUUUGGGAAGCUGAUAUUCACUCUCACACAAGCUGGGUAUUUUAAUAUUUGUUUGGUGGUGGGAAUUGGAUUUAUACCUUUUGUAAUAGGUGAAACGUUUGGAAGGAAAAGAGGUACUAUCUUAAAUAUAAACAUUACAAAGUAAUACACAAAAAUACUUUAUUACAUGUUAAGUGUUAACCAGGUCCACACCACAUGCAUCUUAAGAUAGUGUUUCUCUGUUGUAGUUUUAUUCUGUCAUUCCACACCAUGGUAUAAAUGUACUUAUUUAUUUGAAAAUGCUUGACAGACAGGAAAAAUAAAAAUCAAUACACUGGGUAUGAGAGAAUCAAUGUUAUUAUAAAGCAGAGUAGUACUAGAUAAUGACAUCCUCCUUUUCAGUUAAAAUCUAAAGAAAACAAGAAAAACCAAACCUAACCGUGCCUGUCAAUACAUGUUCCCCCACCACACCCCAAACACAUUUAAUUUGAAAAUAAACUUACUUUUUAUUGCUUUGGUAUUACACUUUAGAUCGAAAUAGAUUUGUUUUAUGUUGCCUACAAUAUAAAUCCAAGUACCAUUUUUUUUAUGUUUGUCGGAAUUUGAUUUUGUAUUAAUUUAAAUAUACAGGUUCCCACUAUACAGUACAAAUACAUACAGCAAUAUACCAUUUGCUGGAUAAUAUUGUCUAGUAAGAAAGUGUGUGUGUGUGUGUAUAUGUACAUUAACUUAAGGUUUAUGUCUGCUUUAUAUAUCCAUAAAGUGCUCUGAGUCUCACAGGAAAAAAGCACUAUAACAAUGGCUAGUUAUUAAUUAUGUAUAUAUAUCUGCGCACGUGUCAAAUAUAUUAAUUCUUCUGUGUAAAGUUGUUAAUUCUGAUUGUGCGCUGAAUGAUAAACCCAACAUAUUCGUCCUGUGAAGUAGGGAGGUAGUUGGGGACACUGACUUUGCAAACAAACUACUUGUUACAAAUGCUCAAUUUGCCUCCAGACUUACUAUCACUUUGUUUCCAAUUCAGAUCACGUUGAAGUUGAGCAGCAAAUUGGUACUUCAGAGGGCAUUAACAUCACGUGGCUGCAGGAUACAAAUGUUUCUUGUGGCCAUGUUAUAGAAUGGAGAUCUUUAUCAAACUCUUCCUCCCCAUUGCUGUGGAAUCAACUGCCAUCUCAUAGCACAAGUGCUUUCAUCCACUCAGGUAAAUCUCACUGUUAAAGGUAUAAACCUUCACGUCUUUGUGAUAGUCUGAUGUGUUAAAAGGACCCCCACAUAGCUUUAGCUUGCUGAAAAGCUUUGUGUGUGAAGAGUGUAUCCUGUUUUAUUCAUUUUGCAAAUAGUGCGAUUUCAGUAGAAAUUCACAUUUUUAUAAAUUAACCUGGUUGCAGACAACUGGUCCUGUUACUUACUCAAAAGGCAAGCUAUUGCCCAGAGCACCUGCCUUGCAAAGACUUUACGUUGAGCUACACUGGGAAGUCUGAUUGGACAGCCACAGAAGGUCUGGGUGGGAUUAGAAGGGGAGGACUUGCAAAGGCUGCAGACAAGAGAAAUGCAGGUUUUGCAUGCUGUUUUUCAAUAUACCCACUGAAAAUAAAUGCACAAGUAACUGCAGGCAAGUUUUCAUUUGGAGUAUAUCUACUUAUCAGUGAUUAUUUAUUUUGUAUUUGGGCAGUGGAGUGUCCUUUUAAUGCCUUAGAUAUUUAUUCACUAUGCAAUGAAGUGACAGCAAAUUUGGAAACCAUAACCAAAUGUCAAUUAUAUAAAUGCGAUUUUGCUUUUUUAUUUUGUUUGUGGGGGCUGGGUGGAAGGGGGUUGUAUGAUUAAAAUAACCAUUUUGACCUAAAAUUGACCUAAAAUGGGAAAUGAAUAAUUAGUCUAGAUUGUCUUUGUUUUUUUUGUUUGUUUACUUUUAUGUUCUGGAUCAGCUUUUAACAUACUUUUUAAUUUUUUGUUUUAACCCCUUAAAACCAGAGGGCGUAUUAUGACGCCCUAUUCUAAGCGGCUCUAAACGUCGCAGGGCGUAAUAGUACGCCCUCCAUUUUUUUUUUUACUUACCCGGUCGCCGGCGAUCGCGGUUGGGGAGACUCACCUGGGAUCCCAUGGAGUCCCCCGCGGCGGAUCCUGCCUCCUCCGGCCACCCCCGGCCAUGUGAGAUUGAGGUCCUUGUGAGGACUUCACAAUCACAUGGCCGGGUUAGCUGGCUGCUGCGUUGCCAGCAGGGGGACUGCCUGUAAUGACAGUUAGUCCCCCUGCUGGCUGAAAAUAAAUAAAAUUAAAAUCAGUGUUAAAUUUUUUUUAUAUAUUUUAUAUAUAUAUAUGAUCUAAGUAUAUAUAUAUAUAUAUAUAUAUAUAUCCACAUAUACAUACAUACUCAUACACUAGAUGUUAUUUCGUUCUAACUGUAUUGUGAUAUUAAUAUAUAUAUAUUUAUAUCAGAAUACACAUAGAAUGAAAUAAUAUAUAUCUAUAAAUAUAUACGUAUAUAUAUAUGUAUAUAUAUUAAUUCUACAUAUAUGUGUGUGUGUGUGUGUGUGUGUGUAUAUAUAUAUAUAUAUAUGUAAUAUUUUUACAUAAUUAGGUAUUUUAAUUAAUUACAAUUAGCGGGACCUGCCUGUCAACCCGUGCCGAAAGUAUAGGGAAUUUAAUUUGCUAGCACCAUAUUUAACCCUAUAACAUUCCAUUACACCAUAAAACCUGUACAUGGGGGAGGUGGGGGGGUACUGUUUUAAUCGGGAGACUUCGCUGAACACAAAUAUUAGUGUUUCAAAACAGUGAAAUGUAUUACAACAAUAUCGCCAGUAAAAGUAAAGUUUUUUUGCAUUUUUCACACACAAACAGCACUUACACGGACGAUAAUAUUGCUGUGAUACUUUUUACUGUUUUGAAACACAAAUAUUUGUGUUCAGCGAAGUCUCCCGAGUACAACAGUACCCCUCAUACACAGGUUUUGUUGUGUUUUCAAAAGUUACAGCGUCAAAUAUAAGGCUUGUUUCAUUUUUUUCACAUUAAAAUUCGCCAGAUUGGUUACGUUGCCUUUGAGACCCUAUGGUAGCCCAAAAAUUUAAAUUACCCCUAUAAUGGCAUACCAUUUGCAAUAGUAGACAACCCAAGGUAUUGCAAAUGGGGUAUGUCCAGUCUUUUUUAGUAGCCACUUAGUCACAAAUACUGGCCAAAAUUGGCGUUUUUUGCAUUUUUCACACACAAACAAAUACUAAUGCUAACUUUGGCCAAUGUUUGUGACCAAAUGGCUACUAAAAAAGACUGGACAUACCCCAUUUGCAAUACCAUGGGUUGUCUACUAUUGAAAAUGGUAUGCCAUUAUGGGUGUAAAUGUCAUUCCUGGGCUACUAUACAGUUUCAAAGGCAACGUAACCAGUCUGGCAAAUUUCAAUUUCAAAUGUAACAUGCUAUAUUUGACCCUCUAACUUCCCAAAACACCAUCAAACCUGUACAUAGGGGUACUGUCUUACACGUGAGACUUUGCUGAAUACAAAUAUGUGUAUUUUAUUGAAGUAAAAGCAAACAGUAUUAUGACAUUGACAGUUAAAAUGUCAUGUAGAACUAAAAAUAAAAUAACAAAAUGUCUUAUUUUCUCCCAUUUUUUUCAUAUUAAAUUAUGUUUCAUAGCUAAAUAUUUGAUAUUAAAUGAAAGUCAUGUUUCCCCUGAAUAAAAUGAUAUAUAAUAAAAGUGGGUGCAUUUAAUAUGAAAGAGGUGAAUUACGGUUGGACAGGCAUGUAGCGCAAAUGCCAGGUUUUGUUUACGUUUUGUUUUGUUCACAACGUGUACAUUUGGCUCAGUCCUUAAGGGGUUAAAUAAUAACUGAAUGGGUAAGCAAGUCUGUUUUUCAGUGCAUUAAUCCUAUUCUAUUUGAUUUAAUUUGUAGGUCAAUUUCCCGCUGGUGAAAGGUAUAAUAUUUCGGUGUUCAGUUGUAAAGACAAUAAAUAUAAGCUUUUGAAGAUGGUCACUGGAUACACGCAAGAAUUAAGUAAAUAAUUUAAUAAGCUCUAUUUCCCAUAUGUUUUUUGUAUUAUUGUUUUUGCACACAGAUUUAAUUUUCCCACGUGAAAUCUAUUUUUGACAUGUCCUGGUAUAUUGAAAGUGCGUAUUUGCAAGAAAAUGUUCAGCUAGGUCGCAGUAUAUUUGCUGUUUGUCGGCAGCUUUUGAUGGCAAAGGCUGAACUAGCUGGAGAAAAAUCUAUUUAUUUAUUUAUUUAUUUGCCUAUAGAGCUGUGUAGAUAACAUAAUAGCAUUUUUUUUUUUUAUUGUUGCAAAACUCUAAAAUCCUACGAGUUUAAAUUAUGUACUAGUCAGGGCUCCAAAUUUAAAAAAUUAACAUUUUGCCACAGACCCUUCUGACUUGAAGUGACAAGUAACUUUUAAGGCAUGGCUAGUAGUUGUAGGACUGGAAAUUUCAAGCUGUGCUAAAAUGCUUUUUAUGAUCUUUAAAAUACACAGGCUUUUGUUGGCAUAUAAUUUGUUGCCGCUAAUAUUUUACUGUUAACAAUGCACAAACUAUCACAAUUUUAUUAUUUUUAUGGACCUGCUCCAGGUUCAGCAUAUGUCUCUUAAAGAUAUACACAAGAAGUAUCUACUGCAAAAUAGGUCAUGUUGGAAUGCUAGAAAAUCUCUAAAAUCUAUUUUUCACCUCCCAACAUAUUCUGCUUCCUUCUAUCUUCUUGACAGCACUUUUACACUGUCACAGAGGGUACAAGGCAUACUGUAAGCUUGCUAUGACAUUUGUUAUAUAUGUUAGAGUAGCCUUUACCUCAAUCAGUAGAAUCUUACACAUGCUCAGCAGAGGGCUCCCUUAAAGUUUAUUGGGGUAAGCACUGCACAAGAAUUCUUUCUAUUUAAUUAUGCAACAUGUUCCUUUGUGGGUAAACAUGCAGUUUUAGGAAAACAGUCUGUUGUGUUGUGCAAAUUGCAAUUUUCUUGUAUGUUUAUAAAAUCCAUUUAGUUACUUCCUUUGCAUUGUUAAGGCUAUCUGUGUAAUAUGUUGUUUCUAUCGUUUCACACUUGUUCGUUCUAAUGGUUCAGUAACCAGUAAUGCCUGCAAUUACACUAAAAUCUGUGGCUUUUUUUUUAUAUUCACCAGCUCCAGUAGUAGCACCAAAUUUUACUGUAGAAAGAACGUCUUCAGAGUCUGUGCAUAUAAAAUGGGAUACCAUUCCAGACAAAGAACUCAGAGGCUUCCUACAGGGAUAUGUUGUUUAUGUUGUUAAGCAGGAACAAGAUACGCCUCAUGCUGACGCCAAAGACUUGGGUAAACCUGAUUUUAUUGUUCAAUAUCCUCAUUCAUAAUAUUUAUUUUGCACGCGAGUGUACUUGUUCUCAAAUAUUUCAUUUAUAUUGUGAUAUAAAGAUAGCAUGAAACCAGUCUAUGUUGUAGUAAAUUUAUUUCAUUUUGUGAGUCUAUGCUAGCUAGGUAUAAAACAAAAUGUGUGUAUGUAUAUGUAUAUAUUGUGUGUAUAUAUAUAUAUAUUCUAGAUUUUAAAAUGUUUCUUGUUUUCAGGUUAGGGCAUCAUACUUGGAACUCUACGUUUAAGGAGCAGAUAAGGUUCAACAUAAUAAAUGUAGUUGUCUGCAUUUUGCAAAUGGUUAAAGGGAUACUAUAAGUGCGAGGACUACAAAGCUGUAUUCCUGGCACUAUAGCUCCCUUUGCCUCCCCCCUCCAUCACGACACCCCACCAGGGUGAAUAAAGGGCUUUAUUUACUUACCUUAUCCCAGCGGCGAUGAUUGGCCUCCACCGAAAUCCCACAUUGAGAGUGCGCUAAUGCACACGCGUGCGUUAGGCCUAACCUUAGGAAAGCAUUAAAUCAAUGCUUUCCUUUGGGGAAAAAUCUGACAAUGGAUGUCCUCAUGUAGAGUGUGAGGACAUCCAGCAUCCGAUACCGGACCAAAGGUACGUUCGGAUGCAAGAAGCGAGACAGGCACUGGAUGCAGACGUAGUGCUGCAAUGUAAACAUUGCAGUUUCUCUGGAAAUGCAAUGUUUUACAUUGCAGUACUAAGUGCAAUAGGGAUUCUGCACCCAGACCACUUCAAUGAGCUGAAGUGAUCUGGUUGCCUAUAGUGUCCCUUUAAACACAUUGUUCAAAAUUUGUUCAAAACUGUUCAGUGCUGCAGAAGUUAACAAAACAUAAUGUAGGAACAGAAAGAGGCCCCAGUACAUUUGAUAUAAUCAGUACUGAUCAUAUGACAUUACUUGGAAAGAUCUUUGUAGCUGCAUUGUCUUUCUUUCAGAUCUGUCUUUUCAGUUUGUAAAGUGUUGUAUAAUGAAAAUACUUAAAUCACUUUAAUAACUGGCACAAUAUUAUCUCCGUUUUCUAAUAUAUUUGUGUUAGUAUCUCAAAUUGAAUGUCAGUAAUUCUGCUGCUUAUUGAAAUAAGAUGCGUGAAAUUAGAGGACGGCUUGCUUAACCAAUUCUGUAUGUCAAAUGACUGCAACUGCUGAAAAUAACAAUAGAUCCAUCUCGUGAUUUAAAGAUUUUCUAUUGUGCAAAUCUUUCUCUCAAUUACUAGCAUUCGCAUAUUAAGAUGAAGGCUAAUGGAAAAUGAUAUUCUUGCCAACAUUCUUUUCUUUCCUAUUCUGUAAAUGGUUUUUAGAAGUGCUGUCCUUUGCACCUGUCAGUCAGCAGAGAGGAGGAGAGAAAAACACUUUUUCUCUUUAUCUUCCUCUAACACAAUAUGUGCCUUGGCAGUGCCAGGACUGAACUGGAUUGUCAUGUCAAAUAGUACAUCUUCCAAAUGCAUUUAAAAAUAAAUAAAUAGCAAAUGCGAGUUAUAGGUUAUAUACAUUUUUGACUGUUCUCCUUUUAAAUUAGAUUGAUUACUUUAUACUUGUCUUCAGGCAAAAAGUUUGACACGUUGACAUUGUUUUUCAUAGUUUGAUCAUUUGUUAAUUUUUGAAAUCCCUAAAUCUCUACAAGAAUAACCACCCUAUAUUUUCUUCUUGUUUUCUUAAUGUAUUAUUUCUUCUUAUUAUAUAUAUAUAUAAUGUUUUAAACUAAAUAAAAACCGUAUUUGAUGAGAAUAACCACCCUUGAGGAUUUCAUUUUAGAGCCAUGUUUUCAUGGUUUAUUAAUAAGAUCAGUGUGAAUUUCAGGCAGAACUUUUAAUUGAAACACUUUUAUAUGUUUGCUAAUUGCUUUUUGUGUUUGUUUUGAAGUUUUACAUGCGGAGAAGAAAGAGAUAAAAAAUGUCACUGACCCAACGCAAACAAACAUGACAAUAGGAGGUCUUCAGGGUGGAACAAGUUAUUACCUGGGGUUUGUGGCCUAUACCAGGGGCGGGCAAGGACCGAUGAAGUUAUUAAAUGUAGUGACCAAUGACAAUGGUAAGUUUUCCGUUUUCUCUUACUACCUAUAUCCAGAUCUAUAUAGAUGAACUAAAGUGAUCAGCAUAACAGUCUACUUCUACUAGAGCAAAAGGUUCUGAAUAGACCAUGAAUAACUUAGGCUUAGGUGUAUUCAAUAUGCACUAGAAGGUAAUGUUUUUAAAUACUUAGUGUCACACAUGAGGUUUUGAUGACAUUCCGAACAAAUAUCAUUUGCAUACAGAAAUCCCUCAUAUUCUGCACUUUAAUUUAGAAGUCACUGGCUCUUAACUAGGGACUCUAAUAAAGUAAUUUUCACACAGCCACCAAUCCUUUUCCAUUCCUCUAGUCAUAGGUGGUCUGUUUACAUGAACAGACCUUCACUUGUUUGCCUGUCGAAUAUACAGAUACACUGCUUAAAACAUGCCCUGGUUCCAUCAAAAUAAACUGUAUUUUAAUAAUCCACACUUUAUACCUCUAUUAUUAUAAUUUAUAAAUCGCCAACAAGUUCCGUAGCGCUGUACAAUGGGUAGCCAAGAUAAAUUGAUGAUUAUGCUACACAGUGUGUAAUAGUUCACUUUUUAUGUUAUUCUUCUGUUGUAUUUUCUUUAUGUUUACAAUUACUAAGAUUUUUAAAGAGAGCCAUGUGCACAUACAUUCCCCAAAUGCUAUGAAAAGGUGUAAACAUUGGAAGAUGCCUUCUUGUUGAGAGUUAUGUCCUAUGAUGUAGAGCAAGGCUAACACAUACUGGGUAUCAUAUAAAACCAGUUUAGAAUGCACAAUCUGACACCAAGGAUUUGAUAUCUCAAUAAAUGAUGCUAUAAUUUUUUUAAAUUUUUUUUUGCAGCUAUGGGUCUGAUUCUUGCCAUUCUUAUUCCAAUUGUGAUUGCUGUUCUACUGAGUAUAUUGACAAGUACUAUAUGUUAUCAAAAAAGAGAAUGGUAAGAUUCUUUGCAUAUUGAGUAGUAUGAUGGGUGAGAUUUUAGAUAAAAAUGUAAAAUGUGAUCUCAAUCAAUGAUUAGUCAAACAUGCCUGUUGCAGUUUUAAUGUGACUUUUCUUGUGGCAUUGAAUAGUGAAAAGGUUUAACAUAUCAAGCUAGUGGCUUAAUUUAAACCAGAUCGGGCUCCUUUCAAGGUGCACGAUCUUUUCUUCAAAUUAAAGUUCAAAGCUAAUCACAGGAAUUAACAAGUUAAAGGGAGGAACAAUCUAUGCACCUCUGUGUUUAAUGUGUAGGUUGGUUUAGGUAAGGGCUCAACAAAUCCCAGGCACCAGGUCGCCAUGUGUGGCGUGUAUGUCUGUCAUGGGGUGAGUAUGUGUAUGUCUGUCAUUGUGCGUCUGUCAUUGUACGUCUGUCUGUCAUGGUGUGUGUUUAGGCGACCAGACCCCUUCUGUUCACAAAGGAAUGGUGUUUUUACUCACCCUAUUUUUCCCCACACUGUGCCGGUCUCCCCUCGACUGGCCCUGCUUCUGUGGCUGAGAUUAUCAAGCUUGAUUAUCUCAGCCAAUCCAAUGUUUUGGCUGCAAAUCGCUGCACCAAUACAUCUCCUCAUAGAGAUGCAUUCAUUCAAUCCAUCUAUUUGGGGAGCGUUCAGCGCCUCAAUGCAGAGCAUGGAGAUGCUAAAUGUUGGUGCUGCACACUGUGCAGCACUGACACAGGAAGCACCUCUAAUGACCCUCUAAGUGACAGUCACUGGGAGGCAAUGUAAACACUGCCUUUUCCCUGAAAAGGCAGUGUUUACAUUGAAAAGUCUGCAUGGACUGGCUUAUAGACACCAGAACCACUACAUUAAGCUGUAGUGGUCCUGGUGACUAGAGUUACCCUUUAAGAAUUGUAUUUUAAAAUCUGGCUCCUAACUUUUUUUAGCGGGCUUCUAGAUUCAAAGCAAAUUUUUUUCAAGUCCUGAUUUAGGUUAUAGUUAGUUGUGCUGAUUUUGUUAUUUUUUUAUUUUAUUAUUUAUUAAAUACUGCUGUGCAUGAUGUUAAUAAGAUGGUAAAUGUUUCUGGCUUUCUGAGGUAGAAAAUUGUCAGUUGUAGCAAAACUCCAAUAAACUUGUAAAGUCUAUAAAACUGCAUACAAGAUAAAAAAAAAUAAAAAAAAGCUUUACGCUUAUUGUGACAUAUAUCAAUCCUUACAUGUUAAGAUUUGAAAAGCUCCUAUAUAUUGCCUUAUCUAGAGCAUCAACAAUUUGUGUCCAAUGCAGGAAACAUUCUCCGAGCCAGCUAUGCUUUUAGUUUGUCUAAAUUAAAUUUAAAAUUCACUGAGAGUUUUCAUUUUAAUGAAGAACUGUUUGAAGACCAUUUGGUAACUUUUUAUGUGGCAGUCUGAUAAUUUAAAGAGAUAAUCAAGUUCAUUUUUUCAUCUUUUUUUUUUUUUUUUCAGUGCAUUAAUUUUGUCAAUUAACUUCUUUUCCCCUUCACUUUUAAGGAUUAAGGAGACAUUUUACCCAGACAUACCAAAUCCAGAAAAUAGUAAAGCUUUGCAGUUUCAGAAGAAUGCCACUGAGGUAAUAAUCCAUCCUGUAUUAUGUGUUGAUAUAAAAUAUAAUGCACAGAGCCAGGUUUAUAGGUUAACUUCCACCCGACAAGCUACCAAAUUAACUCCACUCCCCUUCCUAAAUUAAAAUAUUACUGAGACUGGAUACGUGCCAUUUCCUAUAGCGGUAACAUCUCUCAUUACAUAUGACCAUCUCUCGCCACAUCUACGAUUGUAUCAUGUCAUAUCUACAAAUCACAUGGUAUAUUUACUCAUACAGAACAGCUAUAUAACAUUCAAUGUUUUAUACUAUUUAGCAUCCUUAGAGACUAUAGUAUGCCUUGUAUUGCUUAUGUUAGGCAGCAAUACAGCCCCUUUUAUCUAGGGUAAAAUACUGUAUAAAAACAUGGUAUUUAACUUCCUUGUGGGGCACUGAUAUAAUACAGUAUUGCAGCAUGUUUUUCCAUAAGCGUUGCCAAUAAAAAGUGAAAAUAGGCGGAUAUUACAGAUGGCAAGAAAUGUAAGUUAAAAUACAGCAAUGCAUGCAAUACUGCAUGUUGCCAUGCCUUCCUCUGUUCUAUGUGCUGAGCAUCAAUAAACUAAAAAGUUAAUUGAAGACCGUUACAACGUUCUUCAACUACACUGCACCUGAAUCGAUCCCAUAUUUAUUAUUAUUACUGGUAUUUAUAUUGCACCAGCAUAUUCCGUAGCGCUUUACAAUAUUAUCAAAGGGGGAGAUUUAACAAUAAAUGAGACCAUUAUAAAAACGUACAGAAACAAUAGGUUAAAGAGGGCCCUGCUCAAACCAGCUUACAGUCUAUAAGAGCUGGGGUGUAAAACCCAACAGGACAGGAGGUAGCAAUUAAACAAAAGGAAGUCAAUCAGAGCUGGAGGAGAGAAUAGAGUGCUGGGACAGGUAUGUGAGGUAGAGGUUACGCUGGGAGGCCAUAAGCUUUUCGAAAGAGAUGGGUUCUGAGUAGUGAUGUCCCGAACGGUUCGCCGAACGGUUCGCCGCGGACUCAUCAUUGAGUAAACUUUCACCCUGUACCUCACAGUCAGCAGACACAUUCCAGCCAAUCAGCAGCAGACCCUCCCACCUCCUGGACAGCAUCCAUUUUACAUUCAUUGUGAAGCUGCAUUCUUAGUGAGCUGUUCAGGAGGUGGGAAGGUCUGGGAGGGAGGGUCUGCUGGUGAUUGGCUGGAAUGUGUCUGCUGACUGUGAGGUACAGGGUCAAAGUUUACUCAAUGAUGAGUCCGUGGCGAACUGUUCGUGGUGAACUGUUCGGGACAUCACUAGUUCUGAGGCACUUUUUAAAUGAUUGAAGACUAGGUGAGAGCUUGAUGGUGGUAGGCAGGCUAUUCCCAAGGAAAGGAGCCACCCGUGAGAAGUCCUGCAAGCAUGAGUUGGCUGUACAGGUGCGAGCAGUGGACAGGAGAAGGUCAUGGGCAGAGCGGAGAGACCGAGAAGUGGCAUACCCUCAGAUCAGUAAGGAGAUAUAGGAGGGGCUAGAAUUGGUCAGUGCUUUAUAGGUGUGGAUUAGUACCUUGAAUUGACUCCUAUAGGAUACAGAAAGCCAAUGUAAGGGCUGUAUUUCUAUACAUUCACACACACUCCCUUUACCUAUACAACCUUUCUCCUGACGGUUAUCUAAACAUAAUGAUCUGCCACAUCCUUAAAUAUGUAAUAAAGAAGAUUUCCCAGUCAUCAGGCUAGGUUACUGUUAGGCAGCCUGUUAAUUUGUUUAAUCCACAAAGGUAUGCACAUCUAUUAUAUUGCACAGUGACAUAUGCAUUAUAUUUUACGCUUUUUUUUAAUUUUAUUUUUAUUUUUUUACACAAAGGAUUGUUUUGUAAAUACUUGUAUAAUAUUCUGAAAACUGCUCCAGAUAGUUUUUUGUUUUAGUAUUUUUCUUAUGCGAUCUUGUUGCUCAUAUUGGUCAAAAAAAUUCUAGACUUGUGUAAACAAAUUUCACCAUUCUCCUAACCGACCUAUAUCUUAAUGUGCUUUUUAUUUUUAACCAUUCAAGGGCAACAAAAAUGUCAAAGUAUUGGAGAUGAACCCAUGCACCCCAAACAAUGUGGAAGUUGUGCAAACCAUCCCUAAAGUCCUGGAUACUGAACUAAAUUCUCCAAUCACUGAUUAUCUUAUAAAGCUUCCAGAGGAUGGAUUGGAAACAACUGAUAAUCAUGUGGUUGUUUCUUACUGCCCACCUGCAACUAAUGAGGAUACAUCUAAUGCAGAACUGGACCAUUCUGGGGUUUCCUCCCAGGUUGUCUAUAUUGACGUGCAGUCCAUGUAUCAACCACAGGGAAAUUCAGAAGAAGAACUUGAAAAUGAUUUGGACACUGCUGGUUACAAGCCACAAAUGCAUCUUGCUAUUAAUACUGUGAAUAUGGACAGCUGUGUACCUGCAGAGGAUACCUUGGCAGAAGCAUCAGGAUACAGACCUCAGGGGAACCCCCAAACCUGGGCUGUGGAGUCUCCAGGUUCUCCAUCAUCUUUGGAAAGUAACAUUGAUAAUGCUUCGUUUGGAAGUCCGUGCUCUGUUAACUCAAGACAUUUUCUCAUCCCUCCUGUGGAUGAUAAAGACUCCCUUAAACCUACUCACGUUGGGUGGUCUAUUAGUUCUCUGUUUCAGAACAAGCAAGAUGACUGA